AUUUGCGUUAGCUGCCAGUGCAUUUUUGGUCUACGGCAAAAUGGCCGCUGCGCUAACACUUCGCGCACGCUCACGGAGCGCGGCUGAAGCGGCGCAGGCUAUCUCUAGUGUUUAGAGCGGCUGUCUGAACGCGCGGUUUGAUUCGUUCUGCCUGGUUGACGCUCCAGCAGAUGACCAGACAUGGCGGGUAAGUUGGUGAAGGAGGCAUUAUACGGUUAUAAAGUCUGAUCUGAUAAAGCUGGCCGCCUGGGAGCCAGGCUGACAGAGUCUGCUUUGUCAUGAGGGGAGAGAGGGGGAAUAAGGGUCUGGGGGGGAAUGGCUCCCUCAUAGUCUGAACAUCUGGUGCUGAUCUCCCGCCAAAAGCCAAGCCCAGCAUCUAAUGGGGACCAUCAGUGGCUGAGAGUAACUAGGCCCGGGAUAGGCAACCUUUGGCACUCCAGAUGUGGACUACAUCCCCCAGAAUGCUCUUACACCCAUAAUGCUGGCAAAGCAUCAUGGGAGGUGUAGUCCAAAACAUCUGGAGUGCACUGCUCACAGCAGCUCCCAUUGUACUGACCUGUGAUUGUAACUGACAGGAACACAAUAUAAUGACAUUUACAUCACUCUGGUACCCCCCUCCCCCCAUCCUCUAAAUGGGGAAAAAUAGCUCAGAUUAACUCAAUGAACAAUAUAAAGUCUGUAAAAUUACUUUGUGAGACUCUUCCCAAAUUAAAAAAUAAAUAAAGAGAAUUGGACUUAAAGUGAUUGUCACCACCUGGGGUCUUUGCAUAUUUUGCAAUGAUCAUAGAUGGAAACAUGGCUGCUUGCAGCAGUGCAUUUUAUAAAGAUGUAUUCUUUAUGGGAGGCUCAUGGAGGGGGAAUGACAGAGCCAGGAAAACAAACUCGUUUUCCUGGCACUAUAGUGCUGAAGGGGGAGGAAGGGGGUUAAACGUUCCCCUUUCUCCAGCGCCGGGCUCCCUCGGCGCUGGGGACUCUCCUCCUUCCGACGUCAUUGGCUGAAAGCGCAUGCGCACGCAUUCAGCCAGUCUCAUAGGAAAGCAUUCUCAAUGCUUUCCUAUGGACGCUGGCGUCUUCUCACUGUGGAAAUCAGUGAGAAGCGCGGAAGUGCCACUAGCGGCUGUCAAUGAGACAGCCACUAGAGGCUGGAUUAACCCUAUUGUAAACAUAGCAGUUUCUCUGAAACUGCUAUGUUUACAGCAGGCAGGGUUAAUCCUAGAUCAGGAGUGGGCAACCUACGGCAUUAGUGCCAUGCACGGCACUCAAGGCUGCUAGAGCCAAACAGGCUCUGGCCUAUCAUGAGUUUCAGUAAAACUUAGGAUAUCUGCCAAUACGAAAAGGUGGUGAAGGACCAAUCCUCAAUUUAUGCAUUGCAGCACGUAGAGGAAGUAAUCUCAGAUCACUUCAUUCCAGCACUUGUGAAUGGGAAUCCACACUGUAGUAGAGCGGCCCGCAGCUGCUGUUGCAGCUCCUGUCUUUGACCUGUGCCUGGUCCCCACUGGAACCCAGGGAAGCCACCCACACUGCUAGAUAAACACAGAAAUGUAGAAUAACCCUCCACUCAUACAAAUAAUACAAACAGCCCACACACAAACACAACACACAAUCUGCACAAACGUAACCCGCUAACAAUCCACAUACAUGCACACAACCCCACAUAGUGCAUCUGUGCAGCAAAAUGCAGUGAUGUAAUAACCAAAUGCCACUAGUAUUAAAGGAUCACUAUAGUGUCAGGAAAACAAAGCGGUUUUCCUGACAAUAUAGUUCCCUCAGGGUCCCCCUCCCAUGGCACUGAAUGGGUUAAAACCCCUUCAGCAACUUACCUUAAUCCGGCGCUGGUGACCUCUCCUCCCCCGCCGACGUCACUGGAGUCGAAUGUGCGGCAAGUGCCGCAUGCGCAUUCGAAGUGUCCAUAGGAAAGCAUUUCUUAAUGCUUUCCUAUGGACGCUCUGCGUGAUGGAGGCGAAAUUCGCCUCCAGCGUCGGAGAUGCGCCUCUCGUGGCCUUCCGGAAGACCACCACUAGAGGCUGGAUUAACCCCAAAUGUAAACAUAGCAGUUUCUCUGAAACUAUGUUUAUAUCUGAAGGGUUAAAACCUGAGGGACCUGGCAUUCAGACCACUUCAUUGAGCUGAAGUGGCCUGGGUGACUAUAGUGUCCCUUUAAGUACCUGUAUUAUUAAAUAUCCUCAUCAAAUACAGUUGACUUCUGAGAUUAUUUAAUUAUGACUCGAGAGUUCCCUUUAGAUUAUCACUAGGGUGCAAGAGAGAUCCCUUGGUUUUGGAAGAUUAUGAUGAUCAGCAUAAUUAAAGGGACACUAUAGUCACUAGAACAACUACAUCUUAUUGUUUGUGUUCUGGUGAGAAUAAUCAUUCCCUUAAUGCUUUUUGCAGUAAACAUUGUAUUUUCAGAGAUAAGGCAGUAUUUACAUUACAACCUAGUAAUACCUCCACUGGUGGCCACUCAGAUAGGUUAUUCCUGGGGCAGUUCUGCACACUGUGCAGCUCUGACAGUCGGUGUCUCCACCCUCUGCAUGUAGACACUGAACUUUCCUCAUAGAGAUUCAUUGAUUCAGUGCAUCUCUAUAAGGAGAUGCUGUUUGGCUUGUGCUGGCACUGCCCCAGGGCCGGACUGGCCCACCGGGAUACCGGGAAAUUUCCCGGUGGGCCGCGGCACUUAGGGGCCGACCGCGUUCCUGGCUGGAGCCGCCGGGCUGGGUGGCAGCUUCCCCGGUCCGGCGGCGCUGCUCCUGUCACUGCUGUGGCUGAUGGAGGAGGAGCAUGUCUCUGUACCAUGCUCCCUCGCGGUUCCCGGCACAGAGACAUGCUCCUCCUCCAUCAGCCACAGCAGUGACAGGAGCAGGGCCGCCGGACCGGGGAAGUUGCCGCCCGGCGGCUCCAGCCAGGAAUGCGGUCGGCCCCCUGACUUCUCCAGGUAAGGGGAGAGAUGGGGAGGAGGGAGACACAGGGAGUAGGGAUAGACACAGGGAAAGGGGGGAGGAGAGAGAUGGGGAGAGACACAGGGAAAGGGGGGCAGACACAGGAAAGGGGGAGGGAGAGAGAUGGGGGAGGGGAGAGACACAGGGAAAGGGAGGAGGAAGAGAGAUGGGUUGUAGGGAGAGACACAGGGAAAGGGGGGAGGAAGAGAGAUGGGGAGGAGGGAGAGACACAGGGAAAGGGGGUGAAAGAGGCAGAGGGGGAAGAGAGAGACAAAGAGGGAGAAAUGAGAGAGACACACACAAGGGGAGAGGAAGAAAGAGGCAGAGGGGGAAGAGAGAGACUGGGAGGGAGAGGGGAGACAUUGACACAGAGGAGCAGUGAGGGGGAGAAAGAAACAUACAGAGUGACUGGGGGAGACAAAGGCACACAGAGGGGCUGGAGAUAAAGAGACACACAUAGGGGCAGUAUAUAUCACUAAAGGCUUUCCCCUGCCGGCCGAUCUCCCUCCCCGUUCCACAGGCACCGUGCAGCCAGUCGGCAGGGGAGGAAGAGAGGACCUGGGGCAACGCUCCGGCUCUCACGAGGGUGAACUCUAGCCCUGGAGCUACGGCUAGAGUUCACUCUCACCACUUCCUGGUGGUCCCAGUAGUAGGAGUGAAGUCUAGCCCCACACAUACACAUUCACACACUGCCCCCACACACACACACACACCAUACACAUUUGCACACUGCCCACCCACACACUGAACCUUUCACACACAUUGCACCACUGCUCCUAUACCCUACUACAGCUCCAUAUCCCAGCAGACUCCAGGUAAGUUGUCAAACUGUUCUUAAACGGUUUGACGACUUACUCUGGGAGGGGAUGCCGAUGCUCCUGGCACCAUAACCUCUACACAGAGGAGUAGUGGUUAUUGUGCAUGGAAUAUUUCUUUAAAUAAUCUACAAGUGCCCCUCUCAGGCUCAGGCUCUGAAUCCGCCACUAGUAUAUGACAUGUAUAUUAAUGUGUGUAUUAUAUAUAUAUAUAUAUAUAUAUAUAUAUAUAUAUCUCUACUAUAUUUACACAUAUUAACCCCUUAAGGACACAUGACAUGUGUGACAUGUCAUGAUUCCCUUUUAUUCCAGAAGUUUGGUCCUUAAGGGGUUAAUGUACAUUUAUAAAUGCAUAAUACACAGAGAAAUUUCAUUAAUAUGUACCAUAUGUAAUGAGCAGAUGUUGGCCCAGUCUUGUUGCUAGGUGCAUACUCCAGCACAAUAACAUAUUUAAAGUGAAGAGCACACCCACAGGACUUCAAAAUAAACAUUUUUUACAGUUGUGCCCUACAUACAUUCACCAUUUCAGUCCCAUUAACAAGCUUUCCUUAAUAUGUCAAGGUAGUUGGACUGAAACAUUGAUUACAUGCAAAGGCACGUCUGCUUAAAAUAAAUCUGCACUUGUGUUUAUUUUGAAGCCUAUGAGUGCGCUUUUUACGUUGAAGUACUUUUUAAUUUUAAGUUAUCUGUUCUAACUCUGUAUCUGCACACUAUGCUGGCGCGACGCAUUAUGGGGCUGGUAAAUAUUUUUUUUCCAGGGCUGCUUUUAAUUCCCAGUCUGGCCCUCCUCUGCCUUCUUAAGUCUCAGCCAAUCAAUUUCCUUCCUAUGGUAAAGCAUUGUGAUUGGCUGAGAUAAUCACUUCUGAUGAUAUCAGGCUGGCAGAUCAGGGGCAGAGCCAUCAGCAGCAGACUGGAGUAAAAGUAAAAUUGUGCUAUAUUUAGGGGGGAUAGAUGGAGGUUUUAACACUAUAGAGUCUAACACGAUACCAAUAGGUGAACGCCACAAUCUUCACUUGAAGCGGCCUCAGAUACCAGGUUAGGAUGACUACACAUAGAAUUAGAGUUAACCACCGAAAUAUAGCAAGGGGUUGGAAAUACAGGCCCACGGUUUCGAACAAAACACGACAUUAGAUUAAUUGUAUCACCCAGCAGAGAAUACAAUGUCCAGAAAACUGGAAUAAUACCAUUACCGAAGUUAACAUGUAUGAAUCAUAGCACAGGGGAGAAACGUCCCCACAUUUGAUUACUAAAAUUAAUAAGGACCUGCGAGUCCAACAAUUACCUGGGCCUGCGAACCAAAAUGCCUACUUUACACAUGAUACCCUGUCAAAGUUCACUUUGUCUAUGUUACCAAUUCAUAGCUGCAAUGGAAUUGAAGAGACCUGCGAGUCUCAUCGUUAAGUUUGUACCAAAAAUUGCACAUAAUAAAAAACAUAUUUACAAAAGAAACACUAGAGUCAGGAAUACAUAUUUGUAUUGAAACUGAUCGUAUAUAUAAAUCACUUUAAUUUUUUUUUUUUUUUCCCAUUAGGUCUCACUGCUAUGGAAAAGAAGUUGGCGGAGUACAAAUGUAACACAAAUGAAGCGAUUAAACUAAAGUUAGGUGUGUUGCCUUAAUUUUUUUUUUUUUUUUAAAUGAAAACAAUCCAGGUUUAGCUCUGUUGUGUGAUCGUUAAUAUGUCCUAGCCCUAUAUUUUUUAUUUUGUCCCCCUUACCUGCCUUUCGUUUUUAUAAAGUUUAGUUUUGUUUGCUUCCUUCACCUAACCACUGCUUUGGCCAUUUGCCUUUCUUCUUCAUGAUAUCUAUCAUAAAUGCAGUAAUUUCCAAAAACGUGGCUGCAAUGAGCCAACCACCCCGCUCAUAAAUGUCAUAUUGGAAAGCUGUGGUUCACUAUAUUUCUAUGCACACACUUAUGGCAUAUGCACUCACAUCAUCUUACAGACUUCCUCAUAGAUGUUAAUGAGAGAAGCUGCAAAAGUACAUUCUAGUUACAUUCACAUAAAAUAAGUGAAUUGACAUAUUCACUAAAUGAAUAGCUUCACUGCUACUUCUGUUGUCUUGUGAUAGAUCUAGAAAGUUACGUACCGUAAAAAAAGUAUUAAUUUUUAUAUAUUUUUUAUGGAUGGGGAGCUACUUAUUGACUUUGGGCUAACUGGAGAUCUGGCAUUGGGGCCUACCGUUGGGGUUAAAUCAUUCAAGAAUGGUUUAACCCCUUCAGACAAGAAAGUCCCGAAUAACCUUUUGGGCCCCAUAUCUACGUCAUUUAAAUUAAGUUGUCAUGGUGCCCGGAGUGAUCCUUUAAUCAGAGAUAAACCUAUAACAUGGUUUUCUGUGGGCAAGCACAAUAUUUCUGGUGUUUCUAAUCAAGUACGCUUUUACCCCAGAUGAUGAUGUACUAUAAUUCCCAAAAUUUUCUGCUUGUCUGUUGAAUUCAAAGAAUUUUGGGAGAUGUAGAUCAACAUCUGGGGGCUGGAGUACAAAACUGACCGAACGUUCACAUAGAUAAUAUAUAUGUGUGGUCGGCAACAUAAAAGCCGUGUGAUAACACCGGUGAUGGUAAUAGUCGGUAGUGGUGUGCCGAAACAGACGUAUGGGUAGGCCUGUAAAUAAGAGGGCUGACCAGGAUAUAAAAUAAAUUCAAAGGAGGAGGGUGAGUUGGGUGGGAUGACCUGUAUGGUAUGGCACAGGUAAGGGGAGUAUAUAGGAACUCUUAACUCUUCCUAUAAAUACAGGCCCCUGGCAUUAAACUUAAAAAAAGAAAAAUAUUAUAUAUUCUAUCUCAAUGUUUGGUCGGUAGGUCAAGUAUGAGCACUCAUGGGUCAUAGUGUAAAUGUGUAUCAGAAAGUUUUAUUCCUUUGUCUCAAGAAGGACCAAGUGUCUCCAUGCAGAAUGUGGAGACGCUGAAUGUAGUUGCAGCACUGACCAAGGUAGCUGUCUGAGUAAAUGCCACUAGAGAUGAUUCUAGGCAGUAAUGUAAACACUGCCUUUCCUCUGAAAAGGCUGUGUUUAAAUUAAAAGGCCUGCAGGGCAUUACUAUACAGACCAGAAAAGCUGUAGUUCUUCUGGUGACUAUAGUGUUCCUUUUAACUGUCUUUCAAGCAGAUAACUAGUUCUGUUACUUUCUGGUAAUUUACCUAAUUGUUAAACACAAGAGGAAGCAAUUGCCCAGAUCACCUACCUUGCAAAAACUUCUCAUAGAGCUGCAUUGGGAAGUCUGUGAUUGGACAACCACAGAAAGUCUGGGCUGGGUUAGAAGGGGAGAGCUGGCAAAUGCAGCAGACAAGAGAAGCUGAAAUUAGAUAUAUCCACAAUGAAAAAAUGCUUAAUAAAAAUCAUGUAAGUUUUAAUUUGGGGUAUAUCUAUUAAACAUUGAUUUUUAGUUAUUUUGUAGUUGAGCAGUGGACUGUCCCUUUAAUUCAGUGACAUACCUUUGCUAAUUUUCAUCUGCAUAUUUGCUAUAGUUAAAGCUUGUCAACAGCUGCUUUUAACAUGUUUCAUUCACAAUUUUCAAUGUCGCCCUCUCUGAUAAACACUUCCUUGGCAAUUUUUAUAAUUUGGUUUCCAAUGCUUUCCAUGUGAUACUCAAAUGGAUCUCUCACCAUUUGUAUGUAUAUGUUAUCAUUUAUGUAAUGUUUUUAUUUAGUGCGAUUCCAAGAAGAUAUAGAAGAUGAGAGUAUGACUUUUAACCCAGAAUAUAGCCACCAGCUUUUUGGAGAUGAGUAAGUAACAGUACUGACAAUAAAAUCCUGUAUAGAUAGAGGAACCGUUAAUUUUGAAAUACUUGUACAACUCUGUUGCUUACUAGAAAUUAUCUAUGGGUAUUGUUUUUUUGUUUUUUUUCCUUACAAAUUGCACCAGUUUUGUUGUGUGUUUGUUUGUUUUGUUUUUUUGGUUUGUUUGUUUUUUUGUUGGGGGGAGUGAGUGAUCUUAACCCCUUAAGGACCACAUUUCUGGAAUAAAAGGGAAUCAUGACAUGUCAUCUGUCCCUAAAUACCUUAUUGAAGCACAGGGAGAGUAUAAAAUUAAAGCAUAGGUAAUAGCACCUGUGAUUUUGUUUAAUUUUAUUUUUUUAAUGAAAAUACUAAAGUGGAACCAAUAUUUAAAUAUGGAAAAAGUAAUAGAUGAUCUAAUAAUAAAAAAACAAAACACUGAGUGGGACCAAAUAUCUUGCGAUUUUAUUCCAGUUGACAUCAUAUGUGAGGCUUUUAAAGCACAGCCUAACAUCUAAUGUAAAUCACUCUAGUUUUUUAUUCUGUACUUACUGUGGGAAAGAGAAGUCGGGUUGAGGGAGCGCAUGACUUGUCUUAGGGUUAUAAAGCACUGCAGAUGGAAGAGUGUUUUAUACGUUUCUCGGCGGUGCACCUCACCACUGUAAAUGCAUCAAUAGCAUUGAAAAUAAAAGCAUGUAUCAAAAUGCCUUAUUAUAGUUACUAUUCAUGAGUACAUUCAUUUAACCAUUAUGUUUCAUCUAAUUGUGUACCAGUGACCAUCAUACAACACUGUUUUUAUUGGUUUUUAAUUAUUGUUUGUAGUGUUGUUUUUUGUUUUUCCCCAUUGGAAAUUUAAGAUACUGGAAAUGAUUCCGUCCGUUUUCUCAGUUUAGUUUUCUGUUUCUUCAGUGAGGUAGCGUUUGGAUACAAAGGUUUGCAGAUACAGUUGUACUACAGUGCUGGGAGCCUCUCGACCAUGUUCCGUGUCCUAUACAAAUCUAAAGUGAACGAUAAGUUUGAUUCUGUACAGGUAACGCUUACUCUCUGCGCAAUAAUGCAUCAUUGUAAUUAACUUGCCAUUGUUUUGGUUGUUUGAUUAAAUACAAUGCCGUCUUUCUAAUGAACUAGUAAAAAGUAAAGAUAUAUUAUCUUAUUUUAAUAUUUUUUUUAAAACUUUUGUGUUGCAGGUUGCCAUUUUUUCCACCCAAAUGUGUGUGUAUGUGUAUAUGUGUGUGUGUGUGUGCAUAUAUGUGUGUGUGUGUAUAUGUAUGUUGAGUUUUGCGUGGUCAGUUUGAAAAGAUUAAGCUUAGGGAAAAAUAUCUUUGUAUAUAUUUAAAUCCAAUGGAAUUUCAAAAGAUCAUUUUACUUGUGGUUUUUUUUUUCCUGUUAAAGUGUGGCCUAUGCUACAUCAGAUUGUAGUUUUCUUAGUGGGAUUAGAUUCUGUAUACUUUUUUGGGGGGGAUAUUUUUUAUUUUUUUUCUAAGUAUUUAUUUUUUGUUACAUUAUAGAAAUGUUAGUUGUCCUACCUUGCUUUGUAACUUAGAGGACGACUAUAGUGCACUUGUUUUCCUGGCACUAUAGGGUCUUUAGGUACCCCUCCUGCCGGGCUGAAGGGGUUAAACACUUACCUUUCUCCAGCACCUCGGUGCUGUUGAACUCUCCUACCUCUCCCGACGUCAGCUUUGAAUGCACAUGCGCACCAAGAGCCGCGCACGCAUUCAAACAGUCCAUAGGAAAGCAUUUUUCAAUGCUUUCGUCAGCGCCUUCUCACUGUGAUUUUUCAUGUGUAUAAUUUAAUUAAAAACUUUUAGUUAAUAAAGAAUAUGUAAUAUAUAUUUAAUGUAACAUUGAAACUUAUAAAUAUAUAAAAUAAUCAAUGAAUGCUGUGUGUCAGCACUAGCAAAAGAUAUUUUAAAACGUACAUAUUUUUUCAAUUGUGUCAUUCCUCCCCUGCCCUCCUUGCCCCCCCCCCCCAAUUUCCUCUCUGAACUUGGCUUCUCUUUCCCUGCACCACUUGUCUCCUCUGUCCAUCAUCAAAACGUUGCAACCAGUGAACAAAACUGUGUCAUUUUCACAUACAUCUGUCAAUAAAGAUACUUCCAAUGUAACAUUAUCCAAAACUGACAACCACAAUUUGACUGGAAUUCAUAGUGUGCUAUGAAUUAGACAUGCGCAAACCAAGAAUGUAGGCAUAAUAAGUCUUAAAAAGAAGACUUCUGUUAAAGUCUGAUGAAAAUGGUAUCAGGUGUAUGGUGUGUAGAUAUACAUACAAAAUAGUUUUUUUUGAGUGCAUGUUCUCUACCAAUGUGUUUGUAUUAUUUGCUGAAAGUCUUUUUAUCCAGCAAUUUUUGUAUUUAUUUUAUUUGUAAUAUCUGAUUCUAUUUAUGUACCCCUGGCUGUAAAUUUAAUGACUUUGUUUACUGUUAAAAAUAUGGUGGUUGGUUUUUCCCAUUGUGUAUGUUUGUUUUAUUUUGAGGCGUCUCAAGGUACAUUACAGAAACAAGAAUGAAUUAUGGUUAAUGUAAACAUGACAAUACAGUAGGUGUGUGCUACCAUUCUCUUCAAAAAAGUUUUUUUGUUAUUGAAACAAAAGAUAGAUUAACAUAAAGUUGAUACCCAGCUACUCAAAUGUAAACAUCAGUCCAACUGAUUGCUCCCCAUUAUCAUAGGAGGGAAAAUUGGUAUUGAUUUAUUUAAUACACAGCAGAGGGUGCACACUGGGAGUUAAAAUAGUGUGUGCUUCAUGCUUCAAAGCUGGUAAGGUUCACCUGAUACCCUCGCUUCCUACACAAGUCACAUACAAAGUCUGAGUCCCAGUGAUACAGUGUCAUCUCCCCUGCCAGCCCCAGACUGCAGUAAGAGCCCAAGGGCAAUCCCCCUGAACCGGUAACUUCUGGUACCAUUAACAAGCUCUCGGAGGAUUGUGAUCUCGUAGUAGUGUCGGUAUUGCAGCCUCUGAAGGUGUGGGAUGCGCUCUGUGUUCUCUCCCCUCAGCCUUGGAUCACGCAUACGGGAUCUGGACGGCUUGGGCCAUAAGCUUGUGGUGAGUGGUCUGGGUUUCUUCCGCUGCAUGGUCAUGAUCUCGGUUCGCCGCAAGGAGACUGGCACAGACUGCGGAGCCUUGACAGGUGAGUAACACUGCUGCUCAGCACUCCUCAGCCUUUUCUCAAUUUUGUGCCAGAAGUCCUCAAAAUUGGCAUCCAGCCUUGUGUGAACCGUCUCCAUUAGGCCACAUGGCGUGGUAGAGGGCCCGGCGUACGCCGUAUUGGAGCAAGCAAGGGGAGGCAGAAAUCUAGUCGCAGUAGUAUGUGACUGGUAACAAGUCCACCAGGAAUCGGUAAAUUGGGCUCGUGUGCUGGUGCUGGGAUAACCCCCACAGGCAGGUAGGCCGCAAUAACUGUUUGGGCUCAGAUUCUUUGUCAGAAAGCAGGAAACUUCAGAGUGAAGCUGACUUGGUGGUAGGUAAUCUCCAGCUUGUGGAUUGCCAGAUUUUUGCUAGGAAAUAAUCAAGAUUAAAGCACUUUAGGAGGUUCUCACACAGAGCUCACUUCACGUGUGACCAUUCAGCUUAGCAGCCAGGCCCGCCCCCUGUUUUAUUAACUGCACCUCUCGUUCAGACAGCCACUGGAGGGACUUUCAGGUGGGUAGGCGACUUUUGGUCACCUGACACUGGACUUCUUCACACUCUGCGUGAGGACACCCAGCGUCACACUAAACCCCAUAGGAAAGCAUUAUAUAAUGCUUUCCUAUAGGGUAAGUCCUAAUGCGGGGGCAGCCCUCGCUGCGCAUUAGGUGUCCCCCACUGGUUGACUUAGGAGGGGCAGAGCCUGAACCAGCGCUGAGGGACAUCGAUGCUGGAAUCAGGUACGUGAUGAGGGGGGCUAAAGUGGUAGGAAAACAGCUUUUUCCUAGCACUAUAGUUUUUCUUUAUUGUUAAAAUGCCCAAUAUAUAUAGGAUUUCAAUUCAUUUGUAGAUGUUAUAAAAUAAAUAUUUUCACGGAGUGAAUUACGAUUUUUAAAGCGUUGGAAAAUCCGUCAUGCUAAGAUUACAACUUUUAUAUUAGUCGCAGAGUCCAAAACCGCUACACAAAAGCAUAUGUUCCCCUGGGUUUUUAAAGAGCAUUUUUGACACCUUUCCUUUAACCAUUUUAUAAGGAAUCAUUUUUUUUUUUUUGGGGGGGGUGGGGGGGAAUUCACAGACCACAAGUGCCAACUAAUUUUGUGCCAACAAAAUUUCUAUUUUGUUAUGUUCUUGAGUUCAUUGAUACCACACAUGUAUACCUUCUUCCCUAUUACUGCUGCUAAUCCCACUUCAGAUUUUUUUUUUUUUUUCCUGAAGUUAGCACAGUACAGAGCACUCUGUGGGCACUUUGUACUGUGUGAUUGCAGCAUUAGAGGGAUAUUUACUUCUCAUGCUGCAGUUCCUGAAACUAUGAUCAGUGCUGGGCAGCUGGCAAAACCCAGCACCGUUUACUGCACACAGGGACAUGUAGAGACCCCCUUUCAGACCCUGGGGGUCUCCCUCAUCAUGGUGGCACACUCAGAAUCACGAUGGCUGAACCUGAUUACUCAGGAACAGUGAUUUUAAAGGGCCAUGUGCAUAGCUCGUCUGCCAUUAAUUGUAUCCCCAGCUGAGAGAGGGUACCAUCAGGUCUCCAGAUGAUCCAAUGAUUCAGUGAUUUCCUUAAAAAAAGAAAAGUCACAUCUUGCAGUGUAAAAUCUCUGAAUCUGUGUGGUAUUUUACAUUGAUUCUACAUAUUGGAUUUAUCAUACUUUUCUGAUUGUAUUUCUUUAUGUGCCGAGAAAGUAACCACAUAUCUGGUUUCAGAAUUCCUGUUUUGAGGAAAAGUAUGGUUGUGGUAGACAGGUGAACUUUAAUAGGCAUUUCAAGCAAGAUAUACAUACUUAAAUAGGACAUUUUAUUGUGCAGUUCAAAUUGUUGUCAAGAAAUAGCAACGGUAUGAGCAGACACUAGUGAACAACAUGAACCAGAGUUUUUCAGAACAAAAAAGAUCAGUAUGGUCAAAGACAACUUGGAAAAUUCAGUUUUAUUUAAUCAUGUAGUCUGUUGUAUGUUGUUCAGGUGCAUGGCAUAUUCCUUUAAAUUGAGCUGCCCUUGCAAUUAUAGACCAUCUUUUGAAGAGGAAUUCUCACUUACCUGUAAUUUAUAACAAAAUAGACCUGUAGAUUGUUAAAGGGACACAAUAGGCACUGUAUCUGCUUCAUCUCAUUAAACUGGUUAUAGUGUCAGGAGUCCACUGGUCCCAUCAUUUCUAUCAGCAUUAAACAGUUUUUAAAGUUUUAAUGUCUAAUGCUAAACAUGAGUUCCCCGGCAAUCCAUCCCCUCUGUGCUGCUUUGGGUAAUAAGGAAGUAUUAGCCCAAGCAGCAAUGGGCAGCUGUAAUUGGCUGAGAGUGUCAGCUGACUGCUUUUAACCUGUCAGAGUUCCAACUGACGGUAUGAAUGGGUAUGACAACAAGGAAGUGUGUAAUCUCUGCCUUAGCUACACAUACUGAAGGGGCCAGACUGUGGGUGGCCAGGGACUCUUAUUUUGUGGCAUACUGCACGAACAUGGUGCAACACUGAAUGGAGGGAUAGUGCCAGGGUACUCCAGGCACUAUAAUCAAUUCAAAGAGAUGAAAUGCUUAUUGUGACUACAGUGUCCCUUUAACCAUUUUUCCCCCAAAGAUGCUUUGAUUUCAUUUAUAUUAAAAUGUAUCAAAUUUACAUCAACAUCCAAUUCAACCAAGGCAAAGUCAGGGCAAACAUUACAAAUCAACAGUAGUGAAAGAUUCAUUGUUUGAUUUUCCUCUUCUCUGUAUGCUUUCUCCAUGACUGCCAGGCACAAAUUACAGGGCUUAUAACAGUGACUGACACUGAGCUAAAAUGGAGUCACCCAAUUACAUUCUUAAAGGGACAUACAGGUAAAUAGGAUUUUAUUCCCCGUAUUUACCUGCUUCGUCUUUCUUAUGCUUUCCACACACACUCCAGGGUGGACACUGAUUUAACCAAUCUGUGUCCUAUUCCUAGGAAUGUUGGAAAAGUGCCCUGGGAAUGCAUGACAUAUAAAAUCUGCAGUUACAAGAUUUCUUCACCUUGCAACAUCCUAACAGGGGGAGAAGAGAUGGAGUUUGAUCAGUGUGAUCAUGCAGAGGAGGCCCUGGUGUCUGUUGUCACUCUCAUGCUGCUACACAAUGAUGCUUGCUAGUAACUAUAGUGAACAAAUCUGAAACUGGGUGGGGAAUGGUGGGGAAGCAUGAAGGAAACUUCCCUAGCUGAGAGGCAUGUCCAACAAUUCAAUCUGACCAACUUUAUAGUAAGUUUAUAAAUGUUUAUUCUGAAAGUAUUUUUUGCUUAAUUUUUGUUUAAGUGUUUGCUUACUGUUUAAAAAAAAUAAUUGUCAAGUGAUGCGUGUCCCUUUAAAUUUUGUGAACAUGAUAACUUGAAAUGCAGUUUACAAAUAUCUGCUAUACCUACAUCACCACUGUCUUAAAGGAACACUAUAGGCACCUAGACCGCUUUAUCUCAAUGAAGUGGUCUGAACGCUAUGCCCCUCCUUUUUAGCCCGGCAAGUGAAAAACAUUGCCCUUCUACGGGAAUGCUUAGAGGUUUAUAUACCUCUAGUGGCUGUCAUAUUGACAGCUAGUCAAUGCGAAAGCCACUGCUUUAGCUGAGAUUAUUGAUCUCAAUGAUAUCUGCCAAGGAGACCUCACACUGCAGCGUGGAAACUACUAUAACUAGAUUAAGACUAUUAUUACGAAUACACAUUUGUAUUCAUAGUGUUAUAGUGUUUGUUUAAGGGGCACCACAACCAGAAUGAAGUUGCAUGAGCAGUAUUUAAGGGAAACUCUAAGCAUCAUAACCACUACACGCACUGUUUGUGCUCCCUGUAUUGUUACUGCUGUCAAAAACGUUUUGGCACAGUACAAGGGUAUAGUGCCAUCUGAUAGCACCAUAAUAUCUAUGUAACCGUUAUCAUCCUUAGUGACACUGAAUAAAAUAUCUAAUAAACUUAGAGUAGCUGUAGAGGCAGUCAUAACUAACUUGUGGGUUUACAUUUUUGGUGUGCUAGUCUACCCAUGAUGCUCAGCCAAUUGCAGUGAUUUCUCACUUUGUUCUGUGAUCCUUUAAGUGAGCUAAUGCCUCUCACUGCGCCAGAAUUGCUGUAGAUUUCACCACAUUGCUGUUGGCAUUGAAGUGCAAACUUGCAGUUUCAACAACAUAAAAUUGUAUCUACACAUUUGCUGCUAGUUUGUCUAGCCCAAAAUACAUCAAAAUUGUAUUGUUUAUGAAGCACAAGUAUGGCAGUUUUGCAAAACAGCUGCACUUUCAAUGUAAUUUUCAAAACAAAUUAGUCCGAUGUUUUUCCCUGUCAUUACUGUGUCAAGUGAACUCUCUUUACCUGAAUAUUUUCAAAUGUUGUACAAGUUAUUCCCGUCAUUUUCGCUGCAGGAUAAACGCUUAAAUGAAGUCAAAACAUUAUUUCCGUUGCUCACAAAACAAUCAAAACUAAAUUUCCUGAUGCAUUAGAUCUAUACCUAUAUCAUAGCAUUGGAAUAAUAAGUAAAUAUUUUGAGGGCCCUUGUAUUAAGAAUAUAAAUGGACAUUCAUCAGUAGCCUCAUAUAAUAUCAGUUCAUCUUUUAAAUCACAGUAAAGAAUUAAAAAUAAAAAAAAAGUCAUGAAUACCCUUCCAAAUGUUCCAGUACAUUUAAAAACUAGAGGGGUCAAUGGUUAGUGAUCUGUUGAUUUUAUUAUUGAGCUAGCAAAGGCAGCCAGAAUAUAAUAUACUACGAACAGAAAAAAAGCUGCGUACAUUUGUUUUUUCUUUUCUUUUUCUUUCCAACGCUCCUUCCAUAACCUACACGAGUAGCUGAAUGUCGAUUUAAGUGCCAUUCAUCUGCAGGUGCAUAGCUUUAACUAGAGGGAUAAUGCUUGAAAGAACAGGAAUUAGUAGCAAGUUGUAUUAGCCUUUUGUAGAGUAUUUUGUCCUAAGCAUCUUAAUUUCCCUGUUUUGAAUGCCAAGUAGCAAGAGUCUUGGUUUUGAACUAAUACUCAUCGUGCAUGUAAACGGUGUGAAAGGGUUGCUUAGUAAGUUAACACAAAGUGUUCUUCUGUGAGUCCUUGUAGAAAUAGAUACAAUACAAACAUUCUAGGUGAACUCACUGCAGAAUCCAUUGAGGACAAACCUGGUUUUAUUGUUUAAAUGCCCUCCCAUGCACAGGAAAGAAAGUAACUGAAUAGAUUGCAAGCUCAUUUUGUUGAAUGCACUGCUAGGCUUUUAGGGGACUGUAUUGAGGGGACACGGUUUUUGUUAAGUUAAGACCAAUUCAUUACGUUUUAUUGCCUGGUGAGAAGCAGUAAUAUGCUAUUGUGAAAGUUCAUCAAAUAUUCAUGGCUAAAGACAAGUAGUAAAUGUAUUCAUUCAAGUGGUCUUGGGGGUGGUUUUGAAAAGGAAUAUGGAGUCUGCUCAGCUGACAGUCUACAGGGAGACAGCGCUUUAACAAGCUUACAUCUAAUCUCUGAUUACAAUUUGUCUGACAGGAUUUCCUCCUUUUAUUGUGGGAAUUUACAUAAAUAAAAUUCGUUCAGAAAACUUGUAAUUCCUUGUAAUCCAAAAUUGAUGAUCUUGACUCCAGACUCCUACUCUGGAUACUUCAAAAUACAUUUUUAGCAUGUUUGUGUGCAUAUUAGAGGAUCUUAUAUGGUUUUUGUAGACAUAUAACCCCAAUAUAUACAUAUGCUUCUUCACAUGCUAAAAAACAUGAUUGCACCUGGCUUUAUUAAUGUAAGGGGUUAGAAUUCAGGUCUAUACAACUAUACAAUAAAGGCUGAAACAAAUGAGCACUGUUGCAGUCUAAAAUGGGUCAUGUUUGCUAUUAUGUUGUGUAAUUUUGUUUUCCUAUGUGUCGAUUUCCCUUAAUGCUGACUUGUCCCUCUCAUUAAGAGUUCCACUAUAUAUGGAGGGUUUUUACUUAAUAUUUUAAUUUAAGGUAUGUGAACCUAUCAGACAAAAAAUAAACUUUUCAGUUUUCAAAGCUGUAAUCUUACAUAUAUUUAUCUAAAUUUUAUGAUAUGAUGCACUUCUUUUUUUAGUGUUUAAAGUGCAACUUUUCCCCCCAAAAAAUGACACAUUUCAUCUACGCCUUAAGAUUGUGCAAUUACAAGCAAAUGUAGAGAUUUUUUUGUUGUGGCCAUCAGAACAAAGAUAUAUGAAGUCAAAGGGACACUAUACAUACAGAAAUCACUUCAUCUAAACUGAUUUCAUCUUAAUAAAGUGAUUUGGGGAGUAGAUACUACCUCUGCAGCCUUGCAAAUGAAAACCGUGCCAUUUCUGAUAAACUUCAUUCUUUUACAUUUUGCAAUUCGACAUCAACCAAUGAUGGUCAGACAGCCAUUAGGAAAUUCUGACACAAAUUAUCUGUGGCAAAUGCUUUUCUAGGAGGGCUCAAUCAACUCAAUAAAAUAAAUACUUGUGUGUGUUUGUAGUUGUCUUGUUUUGAAUUUGGUGAUGGAUAUAAAUGGCCAGGAAUACAACCUGAGGCAUUAAUGUAGUCAUUGUGCCAGUACAGUGUAUGGAUUACAUUUUAUAACAUACUUUAAGGGGACAAACAUAUUUAUUAUGUAUUACCAGUUCAUUUAUAUUAAAUGUAUUUGUCAUAAAAACUAUCUGCAUUGAUGGCAUUCUUUAAUCUUGUGAAAGUAUAUUAAAUACUCCUUGUCUUCAAAUAUACCCACUAUUGGCUCUGAUAUUAGAUAGUUAAGUUGUGUGCUUAUCUGUGGUUACAAUAUGUCAAUAUAAUUAUAGCUUGGUUAAGGCAUAAGUGGGUACAUUUGACACCCGUGGCUUAGAACUUGGCUUAUUUUAACAAAUUUGUUUUCCUUUUACUCUCUACAGUCUUUUUGGAAAGAUUCUCUUGGUUUACUUCCCGGGUUAAGUUGCUUUAAGUUGUGACCCGCACUGCCCACUUUUUAAACGUUACUUCUGAGUAAGACACUACCUUGAUAAAGAUGUCGAUAGGUGUGGUAUAGUUGGUUUCCUUUUUGUGCCCAGCUCUAAAGUUCACUAAUAUUUAACAUGUAGUAGUGCCGAGGAUUACUUUUUAAUAUUAAACCUGAUGUAUUUUGGAGUAAUUCAAUCAAAUUUAAUUGCUGACGUUAUUAAUAGGCUGAAAAAAGUCUUGUGUCCAUCAAGUUCAGCCUUUCUCACAUCUGUUUUUGCCACUGAUCCAAAAGAAGGAAAGAAACAACUGUUUGAAGCACUUCGGAUUUUCCAACAAACUUGGAUAAAAUUCCUUCUUGAUCUAAGAAUGGCAGUCAGAUUCAUUAUUGAAUCAAGAAGCUAUUACCCCGAAAAUUAAAAAUGAUAUCCCUGAAUAUUGCAUCCACUAUACACUUCUAAAAACUACUUAGAAAAUAUGUAAUAAAAAGAUAUGUACAGAACUAGCAGCACGCCUUCAAUAUACGCAUAGCUACAGCAUGUCAAGCAGUCAAAAUGUGGCCUGCUAUGUGUGUCCUUCUCCAACCUUCAAAGCAAGAAUUGGACCUCCAUGCAGAAUCUAGAUAAAAAUCAAACCUUUGUAUUAAAGGGACACUAUAGUCACCUGAACAACUUCCGCUUAAUGAGGUUGUUUAGGUGAAAACUAUAGCUCCCUGCAGCCUUUCUCAUGUAAACACUGUAUCUUCUGAAAAAAUACAGUGUUUACAUUGAAAGCUAGGAACACCUCCAGUUGCAGUCACUCAGAGUGAACCAGAGGGACUUAGAAGUUGAUGGAGGCAUAAUAUGCCUCCAUCCACUCAGAUCUGCUGUCAGCAGAGCACAGGGCCGCACUGUGCACAGCAUCCUGUGAUUCAGUAUCUCCUCCCUCUGCAUGCAGACACUGAACUUUUCUCAUAGAAAUUCAUUGAUUCAAUUCAUCUCUGAGGAGAUGCUGAUUGGCCAGAGCUGUGUUUGAAUCAUGCUGGCUCUGCCCCUGAUCUGCCUCUUUGUCAGUCUCAGCCAAUCCUAUGGGGAAGUACUGUGAUUGGAUCAGGCUACCACAUGUCAGCAGACUGCUUGUUUUUCUGAGUCUAACAGCAUGCAGAGUUACAGCUUUAGGUUUGAAUACAGUAAGAUUUUUACUAUAUUUAUGGAGGCAUGAGGGGCCCAGGGGAGCUAGAUGGUGGUGUUAACACUAUAGGGUCAGUAAUACAUGUUUGUGUUCCUUACCCUAUAGUGAGCCUUUAAAAAGCAUCUAACGUUCAUAGGCGACCAAAAAAAACCUUCUAAAAAUGCUAUGUAUCAGAACACAGAGUUGCACGUUUCUCUGCUUGACAGAUGCCACCUCGGUUCAAGCAGUUCUGGCUCUGCUACAUUCAUCCGUGAGGACUUUUUCAGGAGAUAAGUAAUGUGAAGAAUAUAACUAAAUGCAUUAAUUUAGUAACUAUAAACCAAUAAUCCCAAGCUGCAAUGGAUUUUUGAAGCCUAUAGCAGGAAACGACAAGCCGUCUAUAUGUAAGCUAUUGGGUUGAUUGAUGUUAUUGAUAUCCUUCGUCAGUUGUAAAAAAAAUCUAGUGCAUUACUUUCCAAUGCAUUUUUAUAUAAAUAUAUUUGUAAAGCUAUCUUCUCUCUCUCUCUCUCUCUCCCCCCCUCCCCCCCACCACUUUCUUUCUUUUAGGCGGAUGAUGUUGAAAGCAAAAUCCGUGAAAUAAUCCCUGCAGGGUUUUGUACUGGCACAGACGAUUUUGUAUCUUUCCUGGAAAAAGAAGUCAAUUUUAAGCCCUUUGGAACAAUAUUACAUACAUAUACUGUACACAAUGAAGAGGCAGGCGAAGAAUUUACAUAUCAAAUAACCAAGGUAAGAGCGCGUUACUAAAGCAACACUCACUAUCUUGGCUCAUUUAGUUAUUCCAUUUAGCCCUAAGGUAUUUGUGUGAUCUAAUUUAUGUUGUGCACAGGAUCCUAUUCUAGAAUAGGGUUCUCCACUCAAAUCUACAUCAAUGGGUAGAUCUCGCCCCAUUAUUUUAAUUUUAUUGGGAUGGUGUAUAGGAUUUACAAGAUUAUCAAAUGGGUAUAGUUGGGAACUGGAAGUACUUAUGAUAGAGAAACUUAAUUCCUCUUCACAGUGCCAUAUCCGAUGUGAUCCCACAGCUAGUUCAAAUGGUAUCAGUACUUCCUGUGGUUUUAUAUUUUCUUCGUUUUGUACUUGCUCUUCCUUUCUCGUCUUCUCAAAUCAUUGAGACUACCAGUGGCAGGUUACUUGUGCUUUCCAUUUUCUUUGUACAUUGUUUAAUUUCCCAUUCAAUUCUUUUUUUUUUUUCUACACUCUGUUUUUGCCUGCUCCCUAAAUAUUUAUAGAAAUAAACCGUAAUUUAUAUAUUUAGUAAUAAACUGAUGUAGAUUAUGGGUACAGGCCAGUGUGGUCCUGGAAACUGGGUUCUCCUAUAUUAUUAUUAUUAUUACUACUAAAACAGUGACGUUUUAGUAAUGAUUGAUUUAAAAAAAAUCUACUUCUACUGGUACACUUGACAGAUGUAGAUCUACAGAAACUGUGUUUCAGUUCACAUGCAGUCUAUUGAGUGUAAAGAGAACGCUAUUUAUUUAUUUUAUUUUUUUGGAUCACUGCAGUGCUAUUUAUGUAUUUAUUUCUGGCAUUUGUAAAGCGCCAUGACAUUUCACAGCGCUGUACAAUUGUAAAAAAGACAAUACAGUAUAAAGACCAAUACAAAAGGAAGAGGGCCCUGUCUGUCGGCUUACAAUCUAAAGGCUAUGUUUUUAGUCCCUAAAUACAGCCAUUUUCAUAAUUAUUUCUGCGUUCUUUUGGUCAUCUCUCUUUGGUUUUUUGGUUUGUUUUUUUUUUAUUGAGACUGGCCAUCAAACUACUUACUUUACAUGGUUUAAUCAGUUUAUGUAGUUUCAUUAACUGGUUUCUUGUCUUAUUUGUAGGCUGACAUAACAUGUCCUGGCUUCAAAGAGUACCAUGAGAGGCUCCAGACAUUUUUGAUGUGGUUUAUUGAAACGGCCAGCUAUAUUGAUGUGGAUGACGAUCGAUGGGACUACUUUCUAGUGUAAGUGUCAUUCUGAGUCAACUUUAGACCUUCUCUUUUUUUUUUUUAACAAAGCUUGGAUUUUAAUUGGCAGUCACCAAUUAAACAGCAAAAGUAUAAUGAUAUUUUUUCCCAGGCAAGACAAACCAUUGUUUUCAGGCCUAACAGUUUUAAGUCAUUAUGUUUUGGAGAUCUUCAGAAUAGUGCUGAAUUAAAUGCUGUUGUCCAUUGGAGCACUGAAUACAGGCUUAAACAGUAAAAUGAGCUUUGCCUCUGUUUCCUUUUACUCGCCACCCAUUCAUGUGCACAAUAGGCAAGUGCACUGAAGUGAUGCAAAGAGGUCUGAUUUAUACAAGUUGCAGCUCACCAAUUAAGUGAAUUGUUCAUUCAGAAUAUAGCAGGUGUACCCAUUGGGCACUCACAGAGUAGCUUGCUGACACUGGAAAUUCACUCAAAGAAUGGAAAAAGAAAAUGGACCCUGCAUGGGAGCGCGCCUGUAAUUGACCCGCUUGGCUUUUUGUUUCAUCUGCAGAUUUGAGAAAUAUAAUAAGGAUGGAGCAACGCUCUUCGCGACCGUAGGCUACAUGACAGUCUAUAAUUACUAUGUGUACCCAGACAAAACCCGGCCACGUGUAAGGUAAUUGGCAGCAUAACACGUGCCUGUUUUCUUUUCUUCUUCUUUCGUUACCCUUUUCAUUUCACAAGUGAAUUUUACUGAAGUUCCCACUAUUACGUGGAAUUGUGUUUUUAGCUUGUUGAAAACAAAAAAAAUCCCAUCAAUUAAUUAUGGCUAGGAGGCUUUUGGGUUUAAUAGACUCAUGGCUGUAAAAUUUUACUUUGGGGAAAUGUAAGUAAUUGGUUUAUUUAAAUCAAGAAAAAUAGUGUGCGUCAGAAAAAAGGGCUACUUGUGCUAAAAAAGUACCACAAAGGUGAUCCACAUUUAACUUUGCAAUGUAUUUGCUUACCCAGCGCAUAUUAUUGAUUAAAAUGGGCUUAGUGUAACUGUACACAAUAAUUAAAACCAAAAAGUUGGUAAAUAGCACAUAUCUUGAUGAAAUGAUACAGUGGAAUAGAUUGCAGAGACUAGAUAGUUUAACUGACCCAGGCCAUACUGAAAAAUGAGGAAAAUCUCAAUGUUUCCUUUCUAGUAAAAUGCUUUGAUAUUAUUAUUCAGUUUGUCUUAACCAGUAGAGUUCUGAUGUUCGCCUUAAUUUGGAUAGUUUUAAAGCAUUUUACGUUCUACAUGGUAUCUGCUUCUAAUAAACCUCUGUGUUUUCAAGAUAAUAAGACUAGGUUAUCUUUUAAUUCAGGUACAUUGGUUUGGCUCAAAUUCAACUUUUUAUGUAAAAAGAAAAACUGUUUUCUUUCUCUCUUAUGCUGUGCUUAAAGGAACAUUAUAGUGUCAGGAAUACAUAUAUGUAUUCCUGACACUAGAGUGGCUGUUUAGGUCCCUGCCCCGCUUAGAUCGCUCUGAGAAGGUGAAUUUCCUCACCUUUAUUUUCAAUGCCGCGCCAGUUUUUAGUAAAUGUCCGACUGUUCAAAAACAAUUUGAGUGUCUGGCGCAGCCCCAGAGUAAGAAGUUAACCACUGGAGUAGGUUAUAGUGGUUAUGGUGCCUAGGCACUGGGUGUCUUUGAUAAGACUAAAUUUCUUCUCCCCCUGCUUCUGGUAGCCACAAGUGGAGGUGUAUGAGUAGUAAAAGAGAGCAGAGAUUAGGGUAAAUUAGUCAUUGGAAUCCGUUGUAGAUCUUGGUCAUGUUUUAGAAAGUUAUUUUAGAGUUUUAAUCAUUAGUGUAGUUCCUGCCAAGCCCGUCUCUAAUUUGUGAAGCAGUGAUAAUGCCAGCCCACUAACCUUUCCAUCACACUGGUCAUUUCUUUCUUCCCUCUCCAGCCAAAUGCUGAUUUUGCCACCAUUUCAAGGUGAAGGGCAUGGAGCCCAGCUUUUGGAAACGGUUCAUAGAUAUUACAUAUCAUCUCCGAAUAUAUUGGAUAUGACAGGUAUUGUAUUAUUUUCAAAAGUAUUUUUAUAGUCUGCUCCUUAAGUCGGCUGAUACAAGCAGACAUUUACCUUAAUCUGUUGACCUGGAGGUUUUAUACAGUGUUGGAUUCUUUAGAAAUGCAUAUCAACCGUGCAUUUAAAAUCUUUACAUGUGCGCCAUUUUGCUCUUAAUAUUCCUAGCGUCUCUUCCUCCUUUGUUUAAGUUAUGUGUUAAGGCUAAUUUAAAUUAGCUUCUAUUUGUGGGGAGAACCAUCUGACAUUUAACCCAAACAUUCUAGGCUUAAGGUUUGUGAUUCCCAUCCAAAUCUCCUCCCUUUUUGUUUCAAAUUUUUAAAGGACCACUAUAGUGCCAGGAAAACAUACUCGUUUUCCUGGCACUAUAGUGCCCUGAGGGUGCCCCCACCCUCAGGGUCCCCCUCCCGGCUCUGGAAGGGGAAAGGGGUUUAAACUUACCUUUUUCCAGCGCUAGGCGGAGAGCUCUCCUCCCUCCCCGCCUAGCGCCUUCCGCCCGCCGCGCAGCCAUUCGCAGUCUCAGGAAAGCAUUUACAAUGCUUUCCUAGACGUGCUCUCACUUCACAGUGAGAAGCACGCAAGCGCCUCUAGUGGCUGUCAAUGAGACAGCCACUAGAGGAUUAGGGGGAAGGCUUAACCCAUUCAUAAUUAUAGCAGUUUCUCUGAAACUGCUAUAAUUAUGAAAAAAUGGGUUAACCCUAGAAGGACCUGGCACCCAGACCACUUCAUUAAGCUGAAGUGGUCUGGGUGCCUAGAGUGGUCCUUUAAGUCCUGCCACAACUAGGCAGUCAUGGCACAUUUCAUACCAUUUAUAUUAAACUUAAUAAUAUAUUUUACAUUAAACUUAAAGGAUCAAGCCUACAACUCAUGUUUGCCGACUUGCACAUGGCAAUCCGUAUUUUCUUUGCAUAGUAUGCGCUUUACAGUUUUUGUGUGAUGUUACCUAACAUGGACUAUAAGCACAGUUGUGUAGGAACUGCACAACCUCUUGGUGAUUGUCAAACUUGUCUUAUUGCAAUUACUUGUGUGUGGCUUGCCCAUUGUAAAGUGUUGUAAAAUCUGUUAGCGCUUUCUAAUUAAUAAAGAAUAAAACAAAACCCUUGCACUAGGGGCCCUUAGACUUGUGUACCUAUCAAUAUUUGAAAUUAACACUUUCUUGUUGAGUUACCUGUUACACAAUCUGCUUUUGCUACACAUAAUGCAAUAUAUGUGCAAGUACAAGACAAAGCCAAUGCAUACUAGAGGAGCAAUUAUAAGUAAGCUUACGGUUUUGUGUUUUUAUUUUAGUUAAAGGGACACUAUAGUCACCAGAACAACUACAGCUUAAUGUAGUUGUUCUGAUGAGUAUAGUCAGCCCUUGCAGGCAUUUUGCUGUAAACACUGCUUAAAUAGUUGUCUAGGCACAACUUAAUUUGCAGUCACUCAGGCAGCCACUAGAGGUGCUUCCUGGGUCAGUGGUGCAAGUUCAGCGUCUCCACUCUCGAUGAUUCGAUGCAUCUCUAUGAGUAGAUGCUGAUUGGCUAGGGUGGCGUUUGGUUCUGCCCUAAACCCCCCCACCCCACCUUCUUGGCUGAGAUCAUCAGAAUUGACAACAUCUGAUUAAGGGUGGAACCAGGACUCACCUUUUACAUUAGAGACGGGGGCUGAGGUGCUACAUAAAGUCAUGUUUGUAUUUCUGUCACUAUUGUUUUCUCUAUUGCUGCUAAAGUUUCCUAUCCAUAACACUAUGCUAAUGACAAAAAAUUAACUUGCGCUGUAACCCACUUCUAAACAAACUGUGGGUAUGUCAAGUCCACAAACAUUUUGUGUGUGUGUAUGUAUAUAUAUAUAUAUAUAUAUGUAUAUAUAUGUAUAUAUGUAUAUAUAUGUAUAUAUAUAUAUAUAUGUGUGUGUAUAUAUAUAUGUGUGUGUAUAUAUAUAUGUGUGUAUAUAUAUAUAUAUGUGUAUAUAUAUAUAUAUAUGUGUGUAUAUAUAUAUAUGUGUAUAUAUAUAUAUUGUGUGUGUGUGUGUAUACACACAUACAAUUAUUGAAGACAUUCUUCAAAAAGGGCAAAUAUAUUUAAGCACAAAUUAAACUCAAAGAGUAAAGUGCGUUGUUAAAGCACUUGGCAGUAUAUCGCACUGCAAUUAAACCAAAAAUGUAAUACAAGUGAAAAGGGUGGAGCACUAAUAAUCCAUAAAAAUACAAUGUAUUAAGGAAAUAGCAGGGAUAUACACUACUUACAUAAAAAAGAAACAAAGAGAACCAUACCAUAGUAUAGAUGAUUAUGGAAAGAAGUAAUUAGAUCCACCUCACAUGAAACUGAGCCUGAAUAAUACUGGCUCAGUAAACAGUACCUUGAUGCUUUUAAGGCACCAUCACACCUUUCAAUGGUUGAAACUCCAAGCCUGAGUUUAAAAUAAGAAUAACUCCAAUAGUGCAAUAUAUCCACUAUUUACACUGCAUUGUCAGAAGAUAAAUUAAGCUCACCUUAUGUAGAGCCUUAUGUAGAGCUCUAGGUUAUAAAAGCCUGAUGCCACCUAUUGUAUUAUAUAUUAUACAUAUAUAUCUCGCUCUACAUGAUAUGCCUAUCUUUCAUGGACAGCUUUAAUUUUAAAAAAUUCAAUUAAAAAUGGCAGAAAGACGGGCACAUUACAGCGGAGAAAUAUACAUCAACCAAAAUAGGGCAUAAGUAAUGGCUUAAAAUGUUAUACAAGCUGGUUGGUUGUUAUUUGUUUUAUGAUCUUUAUUUAAAAAAAUAUAUAGUACUUCAAAAUUAAAAGGAAUUAUGAUUGAAGAAAUCGUGUUAUUGUGCAGUGUAUUCCGUGUACUUAGACUCUCUUGUCACUUGGUUUCAAGGUGGUCAGUUUUUCAGAUGUGCUUUUUUUAAUCUAGUGGUCUUUGAAAGCGUGUGCGGUAACCUCUUCUAGGCAAUGUUCAAUAGAACUCUAUUGUAUGCAAGUGCAGCAGCCCAUCGAAGAGUUUAAUGUAAUUAGAGGGUAUGUGAAGAUUUCUAAGGACUUAUUUUGGAAAAGGAUUUCACUUUCUUUGGUGCAGUAUAUUGAGAACAUUGUGGCUACAUGCUUACAGACACUCGUUUGUUUCUUUACUCAGAAUGAACCCAGACACCCAUAGCAUUUCUCGUUGGUCAAUGAUAUAAUCUCUAAAAUGUUUUGUGAAAGGAAGUUCAAUUCAAUCAAUCAAGUUCCAUUUCUGUUUAAAAAAACAAAUUGAAAUAAAAAAUAAUAUAUCUAUAAACAUGGUAUUAAAAUGCUUCCUAUGCAACUCGCUUUCACGGUUCCAUAUGUCAUGAGGACAGUACACGAGUUAUAUAAAAUAUAAUGCUUUUAGAACCAGAGAUACAAUUUCAUUGUAUUACUUUUUAAUUUUUUUAUUUAUUUUUUGCUCCAACAAACAAUAUUAAAAAUAGCCUUUUAUUUUCUAUACCCUGCACAUUAAAGGAACUCUCCAUUACCCCCCAAAUCACUAUUAGUAUGUUUACCCAUAAAGAAAACAUGCAUGCCUUUAUUUAUGCAUUUGUUAUUGGGUGUAUAUCAAAAAACAGCUUGCAAAAGCUGCAGAUCUCUUGUCUGCAUAAUUUACAAGCCCUCCCAUUUUCCCUGACACAUACUUUGUCUAUGCCAGGGAACACACCAGUAAGAGGCUUGUCAUUGAGAAGCCUCUGUGCUGGAGAUGUACACGUAAUCAUGGUUCUCCUGUGUAAUACAGCUCAUUUAAAAAGGGGAGAGGCAGACACGCUCUAACCCAGCACGCUUUCCUUUUCCAUUAGCUCUAUGGAGCUAACGUAAGUGGAGGAAAGCAUCUUUGGUUGUCUUAGAGCCAGGGAGGUGUUUUUACCUCCAAUUACAAAAGUUCCAAUUUCAAUUAAAAUUACCAGUUUUCUAAGCUGUCACAAACGGAACAGGCUUCAGGCACACAAAGCAGUUCUUUAUGUGUGCAGAGUGUUCCUGUAAAACUAAUAAUACAUUAAAAUGUUAAACACAAAUCAUAAUUACAGAGCCAGGCUAAGCAAUGAAUGUGUCUAUUAUUGUAGGAUAUAUUAUAAGGCAGGCACAAUGAGGACUUCCGAGCAAUAUAUAGAGCAGAAGAAAACCUAAACACUGGAUAUAUGUGUUUUUUAUUUUAUUUUAUUUUUUUGUGGAGGGGGCUGUGAUGUUAAUCAUUUGGCCUCCAAAGACUUGCUGAUUGGGAGUAUAACAAAUAGUGACUUUGUUCUAUAUUCUCAAAUAUACAGUAAAAGUAAUUUUUCCACAUCAUGUAGUAGAAGUGAAAAAUAUAGUCCUUAACCUGCUAAAUAGCUUAUGCACCCAGACCACUUCGUUGAGAUGAGCUUUGCCCCUGUUUCAAUAUGCCAUUGAUACAGCUCCAUGCAAAGGUGAAACACAUUUAGGCAAUGUAAUAUGUCUGAGGACUUUAUAUGAAUUGAAAAAAGACUGCAGAAACUGCAUACUAUACUGGACUUAUGAGAGGAAUCAGUGCCUGCUGCAUCAAACACCAUUCAUGUGAGGAAGCUGCAGUAAGGCUUUUGCCAGUAUUUAAGAGACCCUAUAGGAUUCAAAAUCAACUUUAGUUUAAUGAAGCAGCUUUAGUGUAUAGAUCAUGUCUUUGCAGUGUUACUGCUCAAUUCUCUGCCAUUUAGCUGAUUAAUUUUUGUUUAUUCAGACCUAUCCACAACUCCCCUUGCAGUGACUCUCUCAGCCUGCAUUAAAAUAACUGGUUUCAUUUUCAAUCCGAUAUCAACUUGCUUUAGAAUCUCCUGCUCUUUAAAUUGAACAUUUAUUACACACAAGAAACUCUUGCAGGGUCUAGAAGGCUAUGAACUGAGCAAGUGAUAAGAAAUUAUAAAUUAAAAAGACUGUGCAAUAAAGGAAAAUUAAACAUUCAAUCUCACUUUACAGGAAGUGUUUAGGAAGGCUGUGCAAGUCACAUGCAGGGAGGUGUGACUAGGGCUGUGAUUUAAAUCCAAAAUAGUAGAAUUGAGCAAUGAGACUGCAGGGGCAUGAUUUAUUAAGCUUAAGUUUUAUUGGUGGCUAUAGUGUCCCUUUAAUAGUGAUAUUCUUCAGUUCUUUUAUUGAAAUGUGAGUAAUUUUAUUGGAAUAUUUAUCUUUUCACGUGAUAUACUACUGUACUGUUUUGGUUUUUUUAAAACGGGACAAGAUACAGGAAAAGAAGAAAAAAAACUAUUAGAACUAUUGGUUUUCUUUCCAUUUGAUGUUUAAAAGUGACUUUUACUGUAUUUUAUUAUUUUCAUUAGUAAUUUUCAUAUGCUUAGAUUAUUUUCCUUGACAAAUAACUGAUGGAUUAAGAGAUUCAAUCCAGAAAAUCUUUUUUUUACAUUUCACAAAGGUACAUUUUCCAGGUUCUUUAUUCUCUUAAAAUAAUGUCCGUAGACUUGGAAAUAAAUAUAAUUUGAAUGUAUCAUGGUGGAUGUGACAUUUGAUGUCCAUAAAUAUUCUUUUAGUACAGUAGUAGUGUUUUUUUUUUCAUUCCAUCUUUAAUUACUGCUCCCGUCAAAUGCAGCUUCUAGAGGCUUCUUCAGUGUGUAUGGAAAGAUAAGCAUCCAAUAUUCUUCUUGUGUCUGUUUGAAAUGUAUCUGUCAUGUUAAUCAGGAAAGCCUGUUUUUAAGAAAAUAAAUGUUUUCCAGAUCACAUUUGAGUUUAUUAUACGAUUACUGGGUCAUUCUUUGAAGUUUCACAAGCCUUGUGUGUCAGAUGGACUUGUUUUGCACAUCUCUCUGGGAAAAAGUAUAUUCGCUUUGCAAAGAUAAGAUCUGUACCUCAAGCACUGGCGCUUGUUAACUUUUAUCAUUAAGUGUAGACAUAUAAAGUCUAAACCCGUUAAAUAACUUUGAAUAUCUACUCAAAACCCAUGGACCAAUGUUUUUUCACUGCUUUAUAUGAACACGCUGAUUAAUGUUCACCAGCUAUGAGAUGCCUUUCACUUAGCCAAUGCACUGUGAAUGUUGUAGCAUUCGCUAUAUAUUUUUAAGGACUGUUCAGUUAUGCUUCUAGCAGACAUUAUUGGACAAAGGCAAAACUUGAACAAAUGACAGACCUCUUAGGAUUUAUUGAAUUACCUUGUUAAAAAAUAUAACUUCCUGAAUUCAAAGUAUUGAUGUAUAGAGAGUAAUCUAUCAUAAACUAGGGUGGUCCUGCUCCUGUAGAACAGAUGUGUUUUGUAAUGCUGAUUUAAAAUCUACUUAAUUAAACAAGACUAUCUCUGAGUGCCAGUGUACAUGGUUUAUUUUGCAAUCUUGUAGUUCUAUAUGUACACUCUGUAGUGAUCUAUACAGGCUGUUACAAAUUGUUUUUGUUUUUUGCCUUUUUUUUAUUUAUUUUUUUUAUCAAGAGUUUAGUUAUUGUAAUUUUAGUCAUAAUUGAAUCUGCUGCCAUCUGAAGUGGGAUCAGUUUUGAACAAAUAUCAGCAUACAAAUAUUUGUAGAGUAAAUGCCUGUAAUUGUUUUAUUCCACUAAAUUAUCACUUGAACAGAAAGCAUCUAUUCCUUCUAAUUGCAUCCUUGUACUUUAAAGUCUAUGUUUAGAUUAGCUAUAGAAUUAAAAGCCGUUCUUCAUUGUAUCCUAGACUUCUACCAGAUAAUGCUUUUAAGUGGUUAAAAGUAUUAUGAUUCUCCGUGCCAACUUCACUAUCAGAUACUUCAUAUACUACUCCUUUUUACUUUACAUCGUAUUUUAUUUUAAUACUAAAACGAUAUUAAAAUCUAUUAUUGCGCUGGUGGAAUAGGCAGAGAGAGGAAAGGUACUGAAGGAAGAGGCUGGUACGGCGAGGGAAGGUACUGGAGAAAGAGGCAGGUUGGAAGAAGGAAGACACUGAAAAAAUAGGGAGAGGGGAGGCACUAGAGGAAUAGGCAUUUAGGAAGGAGGGAGGCACUGGAGGAAAGGCAGAAGGGGGGAGGCACUGGAGGAAAGGCAGAAGGGGGGGAGGGGGGGGGAGGCACUGGAGGAAAGGCAGAAGGGGGGGCGGGGCACUGGAGGAAUAUUGCCUGACGGAGACGCUGAGAGCAGAAGGUACAGGCCUAACUGGCUUUAGACCCCUCUAAUGUCCCAAAGUUCACCGCCAACAAUUAGGCUAGCUACUCACUAUUAUAUGUUAUGUUAUGUUAUAUGUUUAGUCAUUUAAUUUUCUUUAUGUAUAAUGGGCAUAUAGUAACAACUCCUGGAUGUUGGGCUAAGGUAACAUCCCCAGAACGCACUUGAAAACCAGAGUAAUCUGAAUGUACCUUUCCUUGUCAAUUAUUUUGUUGUUAUUAUAUGUGACUAGGGAAUACAAUUGGUCAUUCACCGCUGAUUUAGCAUCUACGCGCCACCACCGUAAUAUUAUUAUAUAUGGCUCCCUUCUUACCCCCCUGACUUCUCGAGCACAUUCACUGCCCACCACUACGAUACAGGGAAGAGGGUACCUCACAGGGGAGUGCCGCCCUUAAGUAGCCACCCUUGCCACCACAUUCCCAUGAGGGAAACAUUUGUUCACCUACGUGUGUUAUAUAAUGUUAUACCUUUUUCUCACACACAAAAAGCAUUCCGAAGGCCUUAACCUGUAACCUGUAUCUUGCAUGUCAAUGUACUGAAUGCCAUCUUGCUUUUCUGUGGUAUACCAAAAAUAAAGAAUUUUAAAAAGUGAAAACAAUAAAUUGAGGCCUAGGGCAGAAAAUAAACUGCUUGCAAAAGUUCUGUUUAUAUCAGCCCAUAGAAAUUCUGAAUUGUUUUGGCAUCAAGUUCCCCCUCCUUUGGUGUUGGUGUAAGUUAAAACGGAUGAAAUGUGUGUGAUGGACAAACUAUCUAUGCCUGCCAUAGCUAAAGUGAUGUCUCCAUGAUCCACAACUUACCUUUUUCUGUGAUGUGCUCAUAAGUGGGAUGUUAGUAGAAAUCGUAAACAUACGUUUCAAUUCGACUUGGACUUUUUUCAAGACCAAAAAAGUCCACGUCGGACUGAAAGGUUGACUAUACCUUUGCACAAAUAAAGGAUAUAUUGCACAAGACUACAAGCCCUCUGAGUGCAUUUCUCUGUGAUGUUGUAUUGGGGCACAAAAUACCAAGGCGAGAACAGAACAGGACUGGAAUGUGAGUGCCAAGCCCAUGUUGGAGAUAGAUAUAUACAUAUCUCUAUCUAUAUCACUUUUUUAGAUUAAGAACAUUUAUUGCUUUAAGAGUAUGUAUCUGGCUUCACAAAUGUGAUCCUGUUUUUGAUCCUUUUACAUUUUUUUUUUUUUAAUUCUUUGUUUUAUUGUGCGUUUGUAUACAAAGGUCUCCUGUGAUGCCACAGCAGUGUCGCAUGAGUAUCGGUUAACAGGAUACAUGCAUUAAUGGAUUAGGUGUUGAGGUUUGACUAUGUAUCAUUAUAUUCACCCUGUUUAUAGUUCAGCUUUUCAUUUAUUUACAUAUCUUUAUUAUAUUUGAGAUUAUAAGUGGCAUUGGAUGGGUAUAUGAAGCUUUCAAUACAAUAUCUUCUAUGAGUAACCAUGCACAAGAAAAUAUAACUACUUAAAGGGAUCUUUAAGUACUUAGUAGGUACCAAAAAUAACAAGUUUUUUCCCCCCAGGACUUUAGGCUCCUUUGCAUUAAAAAAUAAAUAAAUAAAUAAAUUUAGGCCUAGGGCAGAAAAUAAACUGCUUGCAAAAGUUCUGUUUAUAUCAGCCCAUAGAAAUUCUGAAUUGUUUUGGCAUCAAGUUGCCCCUCCUUUGGUGUUGGUGUAAGUUAAAACGGAUGAAAUGUGUGUGAUGGACAAACUAUCUAUGCCUGCGUAUUCUUCGCACACAUUUUUUUUUUUUUUUUUUUUAAACGUAAGGCUAAACAUUGUAGUAACUUUGUAGUAACAUUGUAAUAACAGCAAGAGGGGAAAGCAGAUUAGCAUGUUACAAUAGUGAUGUGGUGAUGGUAAGGUGAGAGUGGCCUGUUGCUACUGAUUGUUUCCGUCUAUCAGACGGGCGAGAUAUGGCUGAGCGUAUGCUUUCUGUCUUGGUGUUAGUGAAUGUGUGAGGGUGUCCCUGCCCUUGUAGGGUUUGCGCUGACGUUUGUUGGCUGGUGUGUGUGUGUCAGUUGUUUUUUGACAUUGGAGCGUGUGUUGGGUUGGUCGGGUGUUUUGGGCCGUGGUAGUGUGGCUCCUUGGCGGAAUCUCCCAGUGUUUGGGUGUAAGUUAAUGUGAGUAACCCCUUGGGCUCGAGACUGCCCCAUAUGUUCAUGUACGCUUUUGCGUUGGGUAGUGUUGUAAGCCUUAGUGUGUGUUGCCUUCAACCUAGAGGGGAUCCUUUUACAUUUAUAUUGUCAUUUUAAGUUUUGUUGGAUAUUUUCUAUAACUUUUUAUUUUUUUUAUGGGUUAUUUGUGUGCGCUAAUGGGUAUACAGUAAGUAAGCUUGCCAUCUGGCUAGUGCUGGGUUUGUCUUCCCUUGGUGAUUACAUAGAUUGCCUCAAUGUAAACGUGUGAUGGCAACAUGAUGUAGGAAAAGAAAACAAAAGCAUUGAAACAUAUGGACAGACACAAAAUCUCCAUGACGUAACCAUGUAUCGGGAAAUAAAGUUAGCAUGUGCAUGGUUUGAUACUGAAUUAUUCACCCUGUUUAUAGUUCAGCUUUUCAUUUAUUUACAUAUCUUUAUUAUAUUUGAGAUUAUAAGUGGCAUUGGAUGGGUAUAUGAAGCUUUCAAUACAUGAUCUUCUAUGAGUAACCAUGCACAAGAAAAUAUAACUACUUAAAGGGAUCUUUAAGUACUUAGUAGGUACCAAAAAUAACAAUUGUUUUUCCCCCCAGGACUUUACACUCCUUUGCAUUUAAAAAAAAAAAAAAGGACUAAGAAUAAUUACUUACUUUGUUUCUAGUGCCGGGACUCCUCUGUUGCAGCCGCCUGCUCCACCUUUUGAAGACAACAGCAUGCCUGCUGACAUCUUCUUUGAUCAGUUACAAUCCAAUGCUUCUCAGAGAGAAGCAAUGGAUUAGAAAUAGGCAUGCAUGGACAAAUGCCACGUUACUCCAAUUAAAUGCUGCUACCAGCAUCAUUUGAUUGCAGGACUGAGGUUCUGGAGGAGGAAUGGUAUUUAACUCUGCAAUGUAAACAAUGCAGUUUUUACAAAAUGUUUUACACUGCAAGUUUCAUAUGACAGCACCACUGCACCUAGACUACUUCAUUGAAAUGAAGUGGUCUGGGUGUCUUUAAUUGUCCUUUAAAUGAAUACCCAUUCACACACAAUUAAAUAAUCACAACUAAUCAUAAUCACACAUUUAUUUUUGCCAGUCUCUUUAAAACAUUUUGUAUCAAGGCAUCACAAUCAGAUGUGAUAUACACUGAACAAUAUCAAACCAUUUUAAUCUGGAAGCUGCACGGUUUUAAAGAUCAAUUUUCUUAUAUUUGCUUAUAGGUAAAUUGUUUAAUGAUGAGCAGUGCCCUAUCAUAUCCACUUUGUACACAAUACUUCCACAUUUCAGAAAAACUGGUAUAUAUAUAUAUAUAUUAAUUAUGUCUCCCUAGCUCCUUUCCCAUUAUAUUGCUAAAGGGGAGUCUAGGUUUAAACACAUGCCAACAUGGUGGAUAUGGGGCCUUAAGCUCUGGGUAUCAACCCGAGUUCUUGGACAAACUGUAUUCGAGCAGUUGACCAAACCUGUAGGCUUUGAUGGCAUCGCUACUUUGGAAGUUACUCUAAAGUUACAGUCAAGGGCUGCUGUAUCUCACUGUGGAUACUUGCUAGUAUUUGUGAUCUAGACUGCCCUAUUGUAUGAAACCAGUGUGAUAUGCCACAGUCCAGGUUCUCUCUGUAAUGAGCAAAACUUGUUUAAGACCCAAGUUGUUAUAUGUUGUAUUUGCUCUUAUGCUCUGGAUGUGCCAACACUCUUUGCUUAUUAUGUAAAUGGAGAUAUACUUAUUUAUUUAUUUUUAUUUAUUUUUUAAACAAUCCUUGAUUAACUUGUAGUGGCAGCUCCCCUUUCAAGACAAAUCUGUGUGGGAACGUUACCUUAUUUAAACAGUGAUGUAAUAAGCGCUGUAAAGUUCUCCUGAAGGUUGUGGGCUAAAGGGGGAAAAAUAACUUUUCUUUAAAUACAAUAUGACCAUUUGUUCAAGCUAUAUUUUGUAAUAAAAAUAUAUUUAUGUGAGUGUUUCCAACUCCGGUAGGGCUCCAUUGGUCUAUGUAUUCUCUUGUUAAGCAAAAAGGGUACCAAGGCAUCAAGAGUAGAUAAAGUUCUGGUUUUAAGGGUGUGAAAAUAUACAGGUCUCCUACUUUUUAUAAACUGCACAACUAAUUAAUAGCCUAAAACGGUUACAUGUAAAGAGUCAUUGAAGACUAUGAAACAAAUAUAGCAUAUCAUCUGUUAAUUAUCUCAUAUUGUCCGAUAAAGUACAGUUAAAAAUAAAUGGCUUCUGCAAACCGAUACCAUUAUUAAACUAUCUCAAGAUAGUUUCAUAAUUCAAGAAUAAAACCUUCUGUGCAUACAUAAUGAGCUUUCGAUACAAAUGAACGUUGGUGUGUAGCAGUAUCCAAUGUAAAAUACAUUGUGCUCGUAGACACACAUAAAUAUUCAUAUAUAUGUGGAGCAAGGCUUCUUUUCCACCACCUGCAUGUCUGUUUCUCGUUCUCCCUCCUCCCAAUCUUUACAUUUUGAUUUUUUUUUCCUUUCACAAUCAGAACAGACUCGUAAAACCCUUCCCCUCUCCUUUGUGUAGAAAUCUAUUUGAAUGCUUUGUGGCAGCUUGCCCCUAUACUUUACAAAGUAGGUAGUGCCCACACCUUUGCCCGUCAGCCUGAAAUGCAGGGAAGGAAAAGAAUAAAAUGAAACAUCUUGAAUCUCUGCAUUUGCUUUGUUGCAAAGGUAGAACCUUUUUGCUGUGAUUAACAUGCAUGAGAUAUUUUUAUGCACAUUUUAAGUGCUACUUAAGUGUUUAUGACAUAUUUGAAUGUCCAAAAGAGGCGAUUAGAUGCAUUGAAAGAGGAAGGGCUCAGGCAUUUAGUUUUAUGGCUACGUGAGAAUCUUUUAAAAGGGGUGAGGGGUGGGAUUGGUUAUGAUAGUUGCAAUUCCCCACAUGAACAGUGUUUGUCAAACUACUGAGAGGAAAGAUAAAGCAUAUAUAAAGUUUGUAAUACACAAUAAAAACAACAACAAACAUUAGCAACACAACAAUAAAUUAAUAUACUAUUCUUCAAUGAAUUUCCUCCUGGUUUACCCACAACGUGUGUGUGUAUAUAAAUAUGUAUGUGUAUAUUCACACACAACUUUAAUAAGCAUGAUCUUUAAUAAGCUUGGUGCUUAUACAAGACUGAAACAUCACUGUCACUCUACUUUUAAAUAAUCUGAAUAUGCAUUAUUUGUGAAAUAGGACCUGUGAAUAGACCAAACUGUGUUUUUUUUUUUGUUUUUUUUUUAUUUAAAUUGCAUAACUUUAAGUAGCACUGAUGUAUUCCAAAAGAUAUAGUGUCAUGUAACUGCUUACUAGUAUUUGUUCUGCAAUGUAACUAGAGUACUGAUCCUUGUGAUAAGUUGAUAUAACUAGAUUUGCUAACUCUAGCAUUCCAAUGUACUCUUCACUUUUCCUGUCUGGUUCAUAUCCACUUCUUUGGAAAUCUUCCACAUUUACCUGAGCAGUACACUCCGUCCUGGUGCUCUCUACCUCCUAUAUCCUUCAUUCUACUUGCAUUUACCACCUCACUACUACUACUACUACUACUACUACUACUACUACUACUACUACUACUGCUGCUGCAUUUACCACCUCACAGAAAAAACUGAGAAAAACUAGCAGACAAACACAACCGUUAAUGCUAAAUUAUAGAGUGAGUUUACAGAAUGUGCCAUUGGGGUUUCUACAUGGAUGGCAGUUACUGAAUACACAUGAUUUGUCACGUAUUGCUGUAGAAUGUUUUAACUUUUCUCUGAAACUAAAAAAAGGGUUAAUUUCAAUAGGACAUUGAACAUCUAUAAGUGAGUCCUCGCACCAGAUGUGUUUGAAAUGCUGUUUUGCCCUCAAAGUCAAAAAUCUGUUCACCACAUGUGUUUAGCCAGGGUCUAAAACCAGUGGAGUAGUGAAGCUUCCCUGUGUUGAUUUUAAUGUGUUUAUGUGAAUACGUCACAUACACAUCCAUUCACUCAUUUCCUAAGCUCUGUCAGUUGUCAUUCCAAAAAAAAAAAUGCGGUUGUGGCGUCUCUACACACCAACUAAUGUAAGUCUUUUGACCAUAAUUCUAGCAAGUUUGUACUUAAAUUUUUGUUGUUGUUGUUUUUUUAAAACUCCAUUCUAUUGCAUAGAAUGUACCAAUAUUAAUCUAUGACAUGUCCAUGCAGUGCAUGAUUCUUUGGUCUCGGUCCAAGAAUACUUUGUGGUAGUCUGCUCUAGUGUGUUCAGAUAAAAAGAUCUGUAUGCAUGCUUCUAUUUUAUAUAAGCUAUACAUUUGCUGGAGAAUACUCAAACAUGUUUUCUUCAAUUUUCUUUUUUAUUUCUAAUACGAAGGAUUUAGACAUUUGUGAAGGCAUAUCAGGCAUAUUAUUGUACAUUGUUGUGUUGUUUUUUUUUGUUUUGUUAAAUCUAAAUAUUACUGUUACAAUUUUAAAGGCCUCCCCAAACGGGAUGUACUUAUGGAUAUAUACUUACCUUCAAGGACCACUAGAGUGCCAGGAAAACAUACUCGUUUUCCUGGCACUAUAGUGCCUUGAGGGUGCCCCCACCCUCAGGGUCCCCCUCCCGCCGGGCUGGAUGGAAAGGAAAGGAUUAAACUUACCUCUCUUUUUCAGCGCCGGGCGGUGAGCUUUUCUCCUCCUCUUCGGCUGAAUGCGCAUGCGUGGCAGGAGCCGCGCGCGCAUUCAGCCAGUCCAUAGGAAAGCAGUGUAGUGUUCGGAAUACAAAUAUUUAUUCUUAACAUUAACGUGCCUCUCUGCCCCUGCAGAGUCAAAUUCAUUGAAACUGCUGGAAGAGUCAGUGGAUGCCUGGUAGAGAGCAACUAGAGGCAGUCUUAACACUGCAGUUUUUCUAAACUUGCCAUGUUUACAUUGCAGGGCUAAGGGUGACAGGGACACUGCAGCCAGACCACUUCAAUGAGAUGAUGUGCUAUAGAUGGGUGCCUAUAGUGUUCCUUUAAGUUGUCCCAUCCUUGGUACCACUAUCAUCUUGCCACCAUACUUAUUCAUCUACCAUGAGCCCUCAUUACUACUUUACUAUCACACAUACAAAAGAGUACAAAACUAGGGCAAUAAACAAUCCUGUGUGACCUCAGGAUCUUCAAUAGGUAAUCUUGCAAGUGCACAGUGAGUUGGCAUUAGAAUCAAUCAUGUAUCACGGGAGAUGAUCCUUCCUUGUUGCAAUAAUUUUCCCAUAAACUGGGGGGCCAGUGAAAUCUUCAUUUCCAGCCAGACUGAUUUUGCCUGAAUUUUGCAGCUUGGUUUUCAUUUCACCUUAAUUUCCUGUUUGCUUUUAACUACAAUAAGGGUUUAUUCAUUAAACUGUGAAGUAGAGCAGCCUUCCAUUACAUCUUAAAGGGAAGUUACAAAGUUGAACAAUGUCAGUAUUGGCACUUCAGCAUCUAAAUUUGUAGCCUCCGUGGUAGAAAUAAGAAAUCCCGAUUUUACAAGUGCAGUAUAUCUACACUAUUUUAUUUACAUUAAUGCAACUGUGAAGAAUUGUAUUUGUGAUAUAAACUUCUGUGUUUUAAUUUUUCUUUUGCUGAGCCUACAUUUGACAACAAUGAACACCGAUAUUGCUAAUCCUAAUUACAAACAGACGUUACACAUAGAUUUUAAUGAUAUUGUGGGGUUUUCUCAUGAGAGUCUGCAAUCUAGCACUUAAAACCAUGCAGACAGCAGUCAGAUGAGCUGAUCUAAGCAGAGGGAGUCACUUAUUUUGUAAUUACAUAGCAUUUUUCUUUCUCAUCUUGGUUAUUUUUUAUUAGCCGAGCGAAAAUGUAGUUAUCUUUUUCACUGAGCCAUAACAGUUGGUAAUAAAUAUAGUAGAAUCAGGUUGUGAUAAUGUUGGCGUGCUUUGCAUAGCAUAUUUUUUUUAAUUUUAUUUUUAUCAUUGUUAUUUUUGCACUUUUGCUUCUGUUAAUAGAAGAAUUAAACAGACAAUAUUCCAUGAUUUAUCUUGUCAUUUGAAACACUGUGGCAGAAGUUAAACAUGCUCGAAGAUCUGUAGCAUUACUUGGCAGUGAAAGGGUACAUACAGGCCUUCUCCGAACAAUUAAAUCUUUUGUUUCCUUUCCUUUGAAAUGCUGGGUAUUUAUGUGCUUACAGUACAAUAGAGUGGCUAAUCAUUUGGGAUAAUGCUAGCCAGACAAGCUUUCUCGGGCAGCUGUGUCAGUGUGCCUUGCCUGUUUAUUAAAAGGCCUAUUACAUGCAUUAAGGGGAAUACACGCUCACAUGUUUUAUAAAAUAUAUUAUUUAGCAUUUAAACAAGUCCAUAUAGAGCUAGCGUAUUCUCAUGUUUUAUGUUUUCAUACCGGUGUAAAUUUGCAUAACAAGGUUUUGUGUACAAUUGAGGCCCUGGUAUUUAAAAGAACACUGUUGCAUUAGAAAUGCAAACUUGUAUUCCUAAUGAUAUAGUGUUGUGUAAUUGUUUAGUUGUGUAAUUUUCAAGUUAAGAGUGGCUGUAGGUUAUUGUAGGGAAUAUUUGUACAAUCUAUAUAAAUUUAUAUCACACAAUUCAUUAGUACAUAGUAGUGUUUCUUACUCUGUUUUAUUUUGCUUACUUAAAGGAGCACUAUAGGGUCAGGAAGUAUUCCUGACCCUACAGUGUUACAAUAACCAUCAAGCCCCAAUUACCCUCCAAAAUGCAGUGAAAUCUUACCUUAUUUCCAGUCUGCCAGUGCUGCCUCCACCCAUGAUCCGCCUCCUUGGCUGACAUCAGAAGUGGGGGGGAGGCGCAAACGCCACCCUUGCUUAUCAGCAUCUCCUUAUAGAGAUGCUUUAAAUCAGUGUGGAAUUUCAGUGUCUCCAUACAGUGUGGAGACACUGAAUGUCAGUGUUACACACUGUGCAACACUGAACCAGGAAGAACCUCCAGUGACAAUCUGAGUGGCGGCCAGUGGAGGUGUCCCUAGUGAGCAAUGUAAACACUGUUGUUUCUCUUAAGGGACUGACUAUACUUACCAGAACAACUACAUUACAUCCCUUUUAAGAGACACUUUAUAGGCACUAUAGCCUUGUUCAUCUUACUCUUCCAUUCAAUGUCAGUAUCAUUUUUGACAGCCCAAGGCAGUAACUACUCUCAACCUUUCACACCUGCCUGUUGCUGGUAUGAAAUGGCAUGACCGAGUGUAAGCCAAAUUAACCGUAUUUCUAGGUGGGGCUAGACUGCAAAUGCCCCGGAUCGUCAUUCAUUGUUAAAACUGUUGAAAACUGUUUACAGAAUUUAUUGUACAGAUGGAUGACGCCAGGGGUCUCCAGUCACUAUAACCACUUCAGUGAGAAAAAGUGGCUAUUGUUCCUAAUGUGUCCCUUAAUUACCAUGUAAUCUGCUUUCAUUCUCCAGUAAGAAACAAACAAUAUAAAAAUGAACAACUAUGGGUCACUAACCUAUACCUGAUGUACUGGUAUUUGUUAUCACUGCUGUUUGUCAACAACCCAGGUAUCCCUCUAAGAAGCUGAUAUCAACCUUUUCUCUUUCAUCUACUAGUGUUUACUAACUUCUUUAUGAAUAUCACAUUGUUGAGACUUAUUAUGUGUUUUAAAUAAGUGGUUCUUAACCCAAACCUUAAGUCAUAGCAGUACAAUUUUAUAUUUAGAAUUCUGUUUAUGAAGCAACAAUGUUACUGUUCAGAAUGAUUAACUGAACCACAUAUUCACCUAAAAAUUCCCAUAAAUGGUCCUUAUUUUAUUCCAAUUAAAAUGAACUCAUUGGCAAUUUGAAAAGUCUUUGUAAUUAUCUUGGUUUAUGCUAUAGAUUUAGUAAGAUAUGUGAAAUUAAAAUGCUAUGAUAAAUAUUUUAAAAGAAACUUGAAGGAUGUGUUGAAUAUCAAUGACGUGUGGAUUAUUUUUUUAUUUUUUUAUUUCUUACACAUUUUGGUGAAAUUUUUCCUAUGCAUUUCACUAUAAAAAAAAAAAAUCUGUGCGAUUUUAAUCAGUAGAGAAGUGGGAGCAGUUAAUGAAGUGCUGCAAGUUCGUUUUUCUUUGCACUUUUAAAGAACUGAUAGACAAACACAAGUAGAGUAUUUUAAAUGAAGAACUUCUAUAUCUAAAUACAUUAUAUAUGUGAUCAUUUUUAUAUCCGCAUGCAGUUAAACUCAAAUAGCUGCCACUAACUGAUCUGUUACGGGGUAGCGAUCAGUAAGGAAUAGCCGUGUAAACUUUGAUAUUUUGCUCACUUCUGGUUAGACAAAAUCUAUUGCGUCAGGAAUAUAAAGAAUCUUUUCAGUAGUUACAUUGCAGUGCAAUUGAUCAUAUCCUUCAAUUAACCCAGGGGGAUGAUUGAUCACACUUUCUGCCAUGAAUUUAUACCGAAUGGAUUUAUUGACUUGACACAUUUUCUUUACAAAGAGUAGAAACUAUUAUAUUUUUUUUUUUGAUUGAAGAUGCUUGUGAUUUGGCAAACAUACACAGAAGGGAAUUAAGGGUCAAUCUUGGAGGUUAUUUGAAUAUUUUUUACAAGUUGCUGAUACUGUUAGAAAACAAGUUUAUAGUCACUCUUGCUGCUUUUACUUGUAGAUUUUCCCUCACCUCAAUGUAGUCUAGCAUAUAAAUAGUGAGAAAAUAUAUUGAAUUUAUAAGGAGGGAAAUGAAAUAGAUAGAACAUGUACAAACCAUGUUCAUUUCUUCAAUAGUAACUCCAGGCCCCUAAAAAAAACAAAAAAAAAAAACUCUAGCUUGUUAUAAAGCUUUAUUGGUUUUUAUUUAUUUUUUCAUUUUACAAGUUUUCAUUGGGGUAUAUCUACAGUGAUUGAUUUUUUUUAUUUUUUUAUUUUUAUUUAUUUUUUUGUCUUUUGGUUAGUGGAGUGUCCCUUUAAAGUGAUUGUCACCAAAAAAAAAAAAAAAGUUUUUGACAAGAACAGGUUCAAGUAUGAAUUAGAAUCUGUAUUUUAAAAUGUUCACAAACAAUAAAUCACCAGCACGUGCACAAACAAAAAGAUCUUAAAGUGAACAUAUCAUAAAUGUUUAUAUCUGCUUUAUAUAGGCUCCAAAUGGAUUGAAUACACAAUGUAUCUCAGACAAACACGAUAUAUUAACACUGACACACUGACUUUGUUGCCAAUAUGCUAGCACUUGUGGUUAGGGAGUGCAUAUGCUGUGGAUGCUCUGUGUGGGGAGCAGGAGGACUGUCUGUGGUAGAUGUUUUGUGCUCCCCCUUGCCAGCCAAUUCUUCUCCAUAGAGGCUAUGCCAAAGGUGUGACUGACAAGUAGGAGAAUCCUUUUUAAAUCUUCCAGCACAAUGUAUAGAUAGAAUAGAUAGUACAUCCCUGCUGCAGGGGACCUUGCAAUAAUUUGACAUCCUCUUAACAUCAAUUGAUUUAUGGUAGUGCGAAUAAAUAUAUACAUGCAGUACCUGACAAACACUAAGCUCUCUUGCUAGAAACUAGAUUUAUAUAAGCAAUAAUUAUCAAUGGUUUUCAUUAUAUUAAACAUUUCCAGAAAUAUCAUAAAGUACUCCUUAUUAACUUUAUCUGUGAUUCUAACCGCAUAAACUUGUGUAAAAGCAAAAACUCACAAAGUGUUUUCCAACAGUAGUUAAAAGUUUUACUGGUGUUGUAAACUUAGCUACCUGAGCUCUCCAUGCAUUAUAAAUAAAUUAUAUCUGUCUAUAUUAAAACUGCCUGUAAUUGCAGUAGACUUCCUUGUCACUCACUUAAAUACAAGUCCAGCUAUGUGCUGUUUGGCAGGAAAUUUAUUGAAUCAGUAAAAUGCUAUAUAGUAGUUUGCUUUCACCAAAAUAAGCGGGGAAAAAAAGUAUGGUGUGCAGUGUCACAAAUUGUCUAGAUAACACCAAUAUGGUAGGACUAUGAUCACAAACAUGUUUAGCUACAGCAUGCUGCGGUUUGGAAGCCCAAUCACACAGCAGUUUAAAUGGUUAACCUUGCACACACAACGUAAUAUAUAGGCACCGAUAAGAACUGAAAACGAGAUCUUUCCAAUGCCGUGCUUAUGGAUUUCAUUUUAUUCUGACAAGGCUUUAUAGUUUGUGUUUUUUUUUCUAUUUCACUAGGAAAGUUUUGUGCUUACCUAUGACAAAUUCUUUUUCAUAACGAUUGAAGUGUUUUCUUUUUCUUGCAAAGCUUAAACUGUUUUAUUUUGCAUUAAAAGGUCUGCAUAUUAAGUAGGGCCUUUAUGGGGGGGAUCGUUUUAUAGAAUUACUAUGUAUUUCAGAAAAUACAGAAGAUUCACUGUUUUACACAAAUCAUAUACGUUUUUAACCCCUUAAUGACUGAGCCAAAUGUUCAUGUUUUGAUCAAAAUAAAACGUAAACAAAACUUGGGAUUUGACUGUCUGUUCAACCCUAAUUCACCUCUUUCGUAUUAAGUGCACCCACACUUAUUAUAUAUCAUUUUAUUCAGGUGAAAUAGGGUUUUCAUUUAACAUCAAAUAUUUAGCUAUGAAACUUAAUUUGAUAUGAAUAAAAUAUUUUAAAAAGUGAGAAAUUAAGAGAUGUUAAAGUUUUUUUUAGUUCUGCAUGACAUUUUAACUGUGACUGUCAUAAUACUGUUUGCUUUUACUGCAAUAAAAUACACAUUUGUAUUCAGCGAUGUCUCACGUAUAAAACAGUACCCCCUAUGUGCAGGUUUUAUGGUGUUUUGGGAAGUUACAGGGUCAAAUAUAGCAUGUUACCCUUUUCAGUUUUUUCACAUUGAAACUUGCCAGAUUGGUUACAUAGCCUUUGAGAGCAUAUGGUAGCCCAGGAAUGAGAAUUACCCCCAUGAUGACAUACCAUUUGCAAUAGUAGACAACCCAAGGUAUUGCAAAUGGGAUAUGUCCAGUCUUUUUUAGUAGCCACUUAGUCACAAACACUGGAGCAGAAACGUUUCGACCUGCUAAGAGGUCUUUGUCAAGCUGGCUAAUCAGAGUUAUGUGAUCAUGAUUAUUUAGAUAUGGAAAGAGGACAGCUGCGAAGUAUUUCAAAAUGAAACCUUUUCUUUCUUCCUACAGCUGAAGAUCCGUCAGAAAACUUUGUCCGUCUCCGAGACUAUGUUCUUGUUAAACUCUGUCAAGAUUUGCAGUGUUUUUCUGCUGAAAAACUCCAUCUCGGGUUCAGUAAAGAGAUGGUGACAGAAACUCAACAGAAACUCAAGAUAAAUAAGGUAUUUGCAUGCCAGCACUGCCUAUGAUUGCUUGAGACAUUCUAUAGUACUUUUUAUCGUGUUAGGCUGCUGACUUGGACAAAUUCCUUAAUGCUGCAUGUUUCCUCUUUCCUUUUUCCCCAUCCCUCUUCCCCCUCCAUCCCUCCACCACAGACAGACACUAUACCAUAUGACUGUUUGACUUUCAUGGGAAUUUGCCUCUCUUUCCACAUAAAGCUGACACUCAGUGGGAAAGACGUGAACUUUAGCUCUUGUAUAAAUGUAUCCUUACAGUUCACUUACAGAAAAAUGAUUCUUUUUGUACGGCGUGUAUGGAUAUAGACUAAACUUUGUGUGUGUUAUAUAGAAUUACAGAGCAGGGGGGGAAAAAAAACAUUCUUCUGUAAGCAAACUACAACGGCGCAUUUAUAUCAGGGUUAAAGUUUGUCCUUACGUCUACAUUGUUUUGCAGAGUUUUUCACUAGUAGCCAUGUGUUUUGUCUAGCUACACAAUCACAGGUUAACUGAAGCUGCCAUGUAAAUGGGGACUUUGCCCAUACAUUCCCCUUUAAGUACCUCACAAUAUGCAUAUAUUUUAUUUUUACUUUAAGCUUGCAAAUAUCUAAUGUUGCAAGAGAUUUUGGCAGCUUAUCCUUUAAUGUUCUACUACAUACAACAUGCCAACUUCAGUGAUUUGAAGUGGUCAUGGUGCCUUGAGAUUGUAUGUGCAGGAUUCCGCUAUGAAGGGCUGCACAUACAGAGACUAACCCCUCUGCUGCCGGCAGCUUCGUAAGGGUUUCAUCAGACAGCCCGGAACUGAAGUUGCACAAAAUGAAUCAUUGGCUUUGAACAGUUAACUGACCACCCUGGCGUCUGCUGCACACACAAAUAUAAAAUUAAAAAAUUUCAUUUAUUUACAAUUUUUUUUUGUUGGGGUUAUUGCACUUUUCCAAAAUUUUAAAAUUUAUAUAUUCUUCAUAUGCCAUUGCUUGUCCAGUAUAUCGUGUAGAAUCUUGCACAUUUGUUUCAGUUAGACGUGCAAAUGUGUGACAUAAUUACAUAUGGCAAUGAUGUCACAUGUCAUUUUAGUGCAUUUUCAAAUUCUCAUAACUGUCUUAUGCACAGUCUUUAGAUUUUAACAAUCUAACGUAAUGCUGUCACAUGCUUAUCAAUGAGAGAAUAACAAUGCAGAGAUAAGUAAUAUGUAAAAACAUUCAGUUUUUUUUUUUCCCUAAAGUAGUGAUUUCUCAUUCUUAUCUAAUCCAGCAGUGUGUUAUGAAAGUGAAAAGUUCCUAGAAUUAAAAUCAAAGCACGAUUCUAUUACUUUUAAGCAAAUGUACUAUUAAUCUAAAUAGAAAGAUAAAAAAACGACUUUCUCUCUCUAUAUAUAUUUAUUUCCCAUAUGAUGCUUACAGUAACACAUCACUAGAAAUUAAACAUGGGAAUUAAUCCAAAGCAAUAUAUUAUUUUCAGCAACAUGCAAGACGAGUAUAUGAAAUUCUUCGACUCCGUGCAACAGACCUGUCUGAUCCUGAGAAAGCGAAGGCAUACAGAUUGGAUAUCAAGAAAAGGCUUGUUGGUCCAUACAAGGUACGACCUACAUCACACAUCUGUUAUUCAGCUUUAAUCUAUAAAUAUAAAAGAGCACAAUUGCUAGGUUUAUUACUUUACUGAUGUUUAAAAGCAUUGAGGCGGAGUUCCAUUUUUGUGGGUCUUUACAUUGUGUUAUCAGGCACAGCUUUGUGUGUUGUUGAUGCAUGUGCUGUAGGCAGAAUAAGUCUGGGCUGUAGGAAAAGCAUUAGAUUGAACCAGAGAUCAUGAUUAUUUCCAACUGUUUUUGAUGCCUUGUCUUACACAUUCAGAGACUUAAAGCAUUGAUUGUCUUUAACUGCAUAUUUCAAAUCAAGAUAAACAUUUUCUCUUUUAUUAGAAGACCCAAAGAAGAUGUAUUACAAAUCUCUCACUUUCCCCAAGAGUUCAACAAACUUUUAUUUUAUUUUAUUAUUUUUUAAAGUGUAUGCUUUCUCUUCAGAGAUUAGAUGAGACAGGCUUGGAAACAACUUUGUUUACUACACGAUGCUCCUCCUUGCCAGUACUAUACAUCCACAGAAUAUACAUUUUCAGACAGAUCAAAAAAGCCUCUUCCAAAGUUUUCGUUUGGUAGCAUGUCAUGUCUGUGAUGUACAAUAAAUGUUAGGCAACUACAACAUAGUUCCCAAAGGUGUUUUCCCAUAUGAAAUGUAGUAACGCCUUCCUUAUGUUGUUGGAGGCAUGGUUUUGUGAUUUUUAUAUGAAAUGAUCUGGCCUCCUGUCUGGUUACGUUGCUGUUGCUUUAAAAAAAUAAAAUAAUGUUAUGUUGCUUGUAUAAAUGCUAAUAUUUUUGUGGAAACAUGACUUUACUGAACCACCUAAGAUUAACUUAUACGUACGUGUUCGUCUUAUAAUUACAGCUGGAAUUGGCAAACAUAUAAUAGCAUAUACGACAUAAAGAUGUCGUAUAGCUGCGUAACGGUUUACAGUUGAAAUUAAAUAAUAGAUUUGACAUAUAUUUACAUAAAACAAUUGUUACUUUUGUUUCAUGCAUGCUGCCAUUAAAUUUUUUAAUAAAAUCUUCAACUUUUAGACUAAUUUGUUUUGAUGUCAGUAUGUAAGCCAUUGUUUUGUAAUUUACUCUGAAAGUAUGUCUGUUACGUUGCACCAUUACAGAUGAAAAUCUAGUGAGUUAGUUACCAAGCAGAAACCUGUGCAGAGUUAACAUGUGACAAUCAACAUUUAGGCCAAAUUAACCACUCGAGAAAGCAAAACUCAGGUUAUUGUGUCCUCUGUUUAGCUAGUUGGAUGCUAAAUUAGUACAGCUCAUUGUAUAGUGAAUAGUCCCAUACUUUGUAUUGUUUACUUGGGCUUCAAAUGAAUAUUAACCAUUUGUGCUAUAUAUUUGUUUUAUACUUUGUACAGAAAAACCAAAGGGAGCUGGCCAAGAUGAGGAGAUGUCUCCAACCAGAAGAACUAACUAACCAGAUGAACCAAAUAGAUCUAAAUACUCAGCAUGAGCAGCUUGAGGAGAGCUAUCAACAGCUUAUAGCCGAGUACAGACGGACUGUGGAAAGGAUUGCCCAGGCAUGAAGCACCCACACAAUCUGUACAUAGUUUCUGAGCUCUGUCUACAGUUAAGCCUUCAAGUUCUGAUUUCCUUGUUUUGUCACAAAAAUUGAGGUUAAUGCUGUUACUAUUGUGUGAACUCUGACACCGCGCGCGCUUGGAACAUUCCAAUAUCAAUCUGUUUGGAAAACCUACAAUAAGAGAUAUCUUCCUUUUGUCUUAGAGUGAAUUAACAACCUGAUUAAACAACUCACUUGGCACCCAGAUUGCCUCCCAGCUUCACUUAAAGUAACAUUGUUAUAAAGUAUUAUCUGGCCCAUUGCUAUGUUUAUCUUGUAGUCAAUGACCACUUUAAUAUCAGAAUGGUCCGUAUUAUGCUACAGGAUAUUAUAGAAAAUAUACUACACUAUACACUGUAAAAUGUAACGGUAUAUCACAUACAACAUACUACAGCGUAUAGUAUCACAUGCAAAUAACAUAAGGGGUGAGUCUAUGCUUGGGAGAUGAAGUAUAUCUGGCUUAUUAUGUGAAUGAGGGCAGAUAUAUAUUUAAAAAAAAAAAAAAACCUUACCAGUUCUAUUUUAUAUCAAAAUGUAAAUGCGCUUCUUUAGUGCCACUGCUUUUGCUGGUACUUUCUCUACAUUUUGGGGUUAUUCAAAAACCCCUAACCCAUAGUUCAUUUACCGGUUUAGAUUGUUUACUGUGUUUUAUUACAGUCUGCUAUCCGCAUAUUGUUUACACAGUCUGUACCUAUCCAGUGGCACUUAUAGAUAAAAUAUGGAAUAAAGAGUAGCAAACAUUUGUCUUGUAUAUUUAAUUUGACAUUGAAGCUCAAUUUAAAAAAAUUAGUUUAAAAAAAAAAAAAAAAAAAAGUUACCCAAGCUUCCUUACAGGGGAUCUGUCACUUUUUUUUCCAGAAAUUUAUACCACUGAAUAAAACAUUAAAAACUAUUUAUACCUUGCAUUAACAUUUUUUUUUUAUUUAUUUUUUGCUCCAUAUUCUUUUGAAAUUAUAUUAAACAUUUUGCAAAUUACAUCAAAAUCCAGUUAAAUCCUGGCACAGCCAUGGCACACAUAGCAAAUGAGAAGAAUCUAAAACAUUGUUUUAUAUAUCCUAUUCUUUCUGCUGUCCCCUAGUUGCAAGGUACUUAUAACAAUGAGGCAAGAUUUAGGAGCCCAGAUGAAGGAUAUAGAAGUGUGGAUUUCUACAUUUUAAUGUUGUUUUUCACACUGCACAAACACAUAUUUGUUAGAUGUAGAAAUAAGUAAACAUACUAUUAAAAAUCCUGGCAUGUUACAGUUCCUCUUGAAUGACAUUUGAGCUUUUACUUCGAUUCUAAUAAUUUCUUCUCAGCACAUUGGAAAAAAAAUCACUUGGAGGGAUUUUUAGAGAGUGAAGACCUAUCUCAGUCAUGUAAAUUACAACCAUCAGUGAACAUCUACGGUGACAUAAAAGUGCUAACAGCUUUGAGUUUGGCUUGGAGAAAAUGUUAUAUAAAUUGCUGGCAAUAGCAGCCAUGUAUAUAGCGGUGCCAUAUAUAAAAGAUUUAAAUAGGAUAAAAUCAAAGAGUUGCCUGUGCUGUCAGUUUAGGAGAGAAACAUAGGUUGUUUCUUCUUUUGAGCUGAAGAUGUUACUACAUUCAGCCCUUCAUUGUGGGCUUAAGGUCCACCUUACUCAGGUCACUCUUUAAUGUCGGGUCUGUGGAAAGGUGCUUGUAUAUUAGAAAGUGCAACUUACCCCCUGUAGAAUGUAAUUGGUGUAAUGGGUUACUUUGUAGCUCCCUAACCUUAAAGAGGUACCCAGCCUACAAUUUUUAGCUUUAUUUGCUCAUAGAAUUAUUCAGAGGCCUAUAAUUUAAGGUAAAAUAAAUAUUAUUAAAACACUGUAUGCCUGUGAAUGUUUGUGUGUGUAUAUAUAAAGCUGCAACAGCAGACUAUUUAGAACAGGUGUAUUAUUGCACCAGUUGUGCACCCAGCAGUCACCCUCUAAAAGGUCUUAUUCAAUUAUAGUAAGGCUGUUGAACUAAAGAUGUGGCUCACAAUGGACUUUGAUUAUGUAUUAACAUGCCAAGUUCUGCAGAGCUUGGUCAAUAUGUGGUUGCAAACAAAUGGACAAACAUUAAAUAUUACAUAAAUCACAACAGACUCUCUCCACCUUAAUGGGUUUCUCUACGACGCCAUCAAAUUAACAUGAGCAAUUGAUUUCCCACAUCACUAUUCUAGGAUUAAUAUAUGUCUUAGAAAAGUUAACGUAUAAGCAAGGCCUGAUCAUUACUCCAGUUCUACUUUAGCAAUAUUCAGUGUUAAUUUUUUUUUAUAUAUAUAUAUAUAUAUAUAUAUAUAUAUAGUAAUUGAAUGCUUUAGUCUUGAUCUUUGUUACUUGUAUUUGAAUGUAUAUGU